GCCCUCUCCGGCUUCACCCCAUGCUGACAGCCAGGAUGCCUUGCCCGGAGAUGGGAACUUCCGGUGUCUCUGGUUUCCUGGGCUGCUGGCAUUUAAAUCCUAGAGGAGAGCACUGAUGUGAGGCUGUGGACCACUUUCCUUAAAAUAUCACAGAAUCAGGGGGGAAGCAGCUGUGUGUCUCUCUGUGAAGCAGACAUUGCCCUUACUGCCUGCACUGACUCUGAUAGCAAUAGUAAUAGUAAUAGUUAGCUGGAGGAUACAUUGUAACACAUUCUGUUAACGUUCCAUUUGUCAUUACAGAAAGCAUCCAGCAGCUGAAUAGGGAGGGAAAACAAAAUAACAUUUUAAUUUUGUUUUGUUUUUCUGUUGCUCAUUUUUGCUGUGCACUUUUUAGAUUUCUAUAUCUGUCCUUUUUUUUAAUAGAUCAGGUGUAGCUUAGUAUCUGAGAUAAAACCCAGAUUUGUGCAGUCUGCAGGGACAGGGCUCAUUGGCAGCUGUUUUUUUGUUGUUGUUGUAGACACCAUCACAAUGUUUAGCUGGCUGGGUAAUGAUGAUAGGAAAAAGGAUCCUGAGGUUUUUCAGACAGUCAGUGAAGGUUUGAAGAAAUUGUACAAAACUAAACUUCUCCCCUUGGAAGAUUAUUACAAAUUCCACGAGUUCCACUCCCCAGCCCUGGAAGAUGCUGAUUUUGACAACAAGCCUAUGAUCCUGCUGGUGGGACAGUACUCAACUGGGAAAACCACUUUCAUUAGGUAAGUACCUGGGCAUGGAAUGAGGGUCUGAAAGGACAGUAAGUACACUCUCUAUGUGAGCAUUAACAUUCUUAGAAUGUUCUGUUUCAUGGUUAAAACUGUAAAUAUAUGUAUCAACGUUUUUGAAACAUUUUGUUUUCUGUUUCGUUUGUGUGUGUUUGUUUUUUUAUUUGUAUCAAUUGUUCUGAGAUUUGUUUGAAGAAUUGAUUUGCAAUGUUAUUGUUUUACUGAAUGACUACAUGGCAGUAAGUACAUGUUUGUUUGUUUGGUUUUUUUGGGGGGGAUAGUCUUUGUAUUUUUACAUCUUGUGUAUUUUUGGAAACACAGAGAAGAAAAUGUAUAAAAAUAAAAUCAACAUGGAUUCUAAAGUUAUAUCCAUUUAUCUAAACUUGAUAUGAAUAUGCAUCUCCUCAAUAUUUUGCAGUUGAUAGUGUUACCUUUUCUUGUGGGAUGAUGGGUGUAGUGUAAAUAAUUGAGGUCCAAUUCAUGAAGGUUAUAGAGCAGGACUGGGAAUGACCCCUUUUAUAGACCCUCUAUUCUCAGUCCCUAUAAACCAGCUUGCCCUCCCUAUAAACUGUGCCUGCCCUCAACCACCUCUUUACUCCAUAAUAUUCAUUUUCUAGUGAUGAGGGAUCAAGAAGACCUCAUUUAUAUCAUAGAGCGGGAAAUGGGUCACAAAAGGGAAGAAAACAUGUCCUGGGGUGCAGCAGAGUUGGCAAUCAAAUAGCAAAAUGCAUUUUUCAAAAGAAGAGUAUAUUGAAUGGCCACUGAGGGCCGUGAAUUUCUCAGUCCUGAUGUGGUGUUGAGCCGCCAUGGGGUUUCUAUACAUGUUAUGGAAAUUACGGAAAAUUGGAACCAGAGUGAAAAUUUUAAACCAGAAUAAUCCAUUUGGAAAAACAAUCAACUUGGCUAUUUUUCAAAAGCCUCUGUAUUCACACGUGACAAUGUGACAUGUCCUUGUUUAGUGAAUCCCCCUCAUGAAUACAGAGACAUUUCUGUAAUUGUAAAGCUGACUCUGGCCUUCUGCACACUGUAGUGGUUAUGGUGCCAGGAACUCCCUGGUGUUCCCAGAGCAAGUCACAAAUUGUCUGUGAACAGUCUGACCACUACAUGGGGUCCACCAGCCACCGUUCUUUUUAUUUUUCAUAUAUGACCUUAUUACAAUUACUAUUAUUUGUAUAAUUUGAAUCUGCUGGUUAUGCCAUUACUUUAUUGCAGUUUGUGGGUUUAUUUGUGUAGAAAUACUCUCGACUCAGAAUUAUGAAAAGUUUUGACACACAUACAGUAUGAAUAGACUGUCUAUAAUUGUUACACUAUGGCGCAGAUUAUGUGACUCGGUGGGGAGGCUCACAGUUAAAGACUGACCUUGCCUGGACUUGAUUCACAGUGACUGCAUGCAUGUAUCUAGUAAAGUCUCCCAGCGUUGAUGAGUCAGCUGUAAUAGUACUCCCAUUAGGAAGUCAGAGGAUAUCCCACUAAAUGCAAAGGGAAACAAAGCUGGAGUCGAUAUAAUGGGGGAUAUAUUGCAUGGUAAAUGUCGGUGUUUAUGUAUGUACCUGCCAAGAGCCCCUUAAGGACACAUGACAUGAUUCCCUUUUAUUCCAGAAGUUUGGUCCUUAAGGGGUUAAAAAGGAUUAUUUAUCAAUUGCCUAUUAAGUAUUUCUCUUUUUUUAUCUCAACGGUCUAUUUGGAUUUAAAUAGAUACAAGAAUUGUGGAUAUAAUUUAGUUUAAAGAAACACUCCACCCAAAAACAACUUCAUCUCACUGAAGCUGGCUGGAGUCCCUGGGCGCCGUCUUACCGUAAGGAUAAAUCUCCAGGCGCCCGUCUUCACUGUCUUUUGACUCCUCUGUUUGGCCAUUUAAGAAGCACAAUACGUGCCGGUGGUAGACUGAGGGCGUGCGCUAAGUGCUUUCAGCCAGCGAGCGUGGUUCUGCAUUGCAAUGCGCUAACCGAAUACUUCUGCAGGGGAAAGCCAUAAUGGCACCAGGCUGGUUCUAGUGGCUUUGGUGCUAGAAGUAUGCCUGUAGCACAGUUUUCAAAGUUUUUAUUUAGUUGUGCGAUUUCCAGAAGAGUGACUGUUCUCCUUUAAAACCGCGUGACCUAUCACUUUAAAUAUGAUCAGCAAGUUGAUGUGUAGCUCUGUCAACAGGGUGGCCUGCAGUUAAAUGCCAAGAGGGUGAUCGUCCGCAGCGUCGUUAUUACGCUGAACAAUCUGGCAUUAAGCAAAUUUUCACAAGCAAUAACCGUUAUUUAAUAAAGUGUGCAUUCAAAGUUAAAAAUCGUCAAACUGGCAAAAUUGUCUAACUCAACUGUGAUUCCAGUUCAGAUACUGGGCCUUAAAUGUCAACUUUCACUUUGAAUUCUCACUGUAGAAGAUAACUCUGUAAAUGUUCAAUGUCUAGUAGAACGUUGUUUGGCUAGUGAUGGCAACGUUGGCAUCCCAUGUUUUUGAACAAGUGUGGAGUUCACAGAUUUCUGGGUUUCCAGGAUAGCCAUCACCCAAUACAACGGCGACUAUGGAGGGUUCAGCUACCAGAUCCAGAAAGACCAGUCCCUCACUGUGUGGGUCGGAAGCUCAGAAGGCGCCUUGUAGCUUGUACUACUUGUACUACCAAUGUCUCUCUUAUGACGUAUGUCUUUAUAACUCUACUUCAUAUAGCAGUUAGACAUGACUGUUUUACUCUCGAUGUUGAAUUUACACAAAAAGUGCACAUCUCUCUCAAGUUGACCUGUUUUAUCACUGCAAUUUAUAUACAUUGACUAUCAUUAUGUUGAUGCAAGCUUGUAUUCUUAAGCACUACAAAAAGAAAGAAUUAUAAAAAAAAAAAAAAAAGUGCCCCUGCUGCAGAUUGCUGGAAAAUGCAUAGAUCGAAUGUUAUUUUCGGUUUAAAUGUCUGUGGCGCAGGUAAAAAGGUGUAAUACUGAUGGCAGUCUGAUUAAUGUUACAACCCUGAAAAGCAGAUUGUACAGAAAACGGAGUUAAAUGGUGACAUAUUAAGGUGCUUUGGAAUCACAAGGUGUGAAGUUCACUUGUACCACACCUCGUGACCUGAUGGUGUAAAGCCAGAGAAGGGAAACUCCCAUUGUUGUGUUUUUUUUUUGUUUUUUUUUACAUUUGUUUAUUGGUUUAUGAGAUCAAUAUGUCUGCUGUCUUGUAUUGGAUACAUGCAGCCUGCAUUCAGUGUUUUUUAUUUUUUUUAAUUGUGCGGAUGUAAAUAAUGCAUUUAUACUGCUAAAUGGAGCUCAUUAGUUGCCAUUAGAUCCCAUCUCUAACCCUGUUCUCACUCCUGAUUUUUGCACCAGAUAUAAAUCAUAUUGUACUGAAAGCUAGCAGGCAGACAGGAAGAAGAGGCCCGGUGCAUAUAUUUAUUUUAUGAGGCCUUUUUAAAGGUAAUCCUGUCGUUAUGUAUGUUUGCUUGAUUUCAUCAUUUUUAGCAUUAUUGGUUGAAUCACAUUAGCCAAUUUGCUUAACACCUUGUGUUAUAGAAUGAAGGAUGAUGUGAUUGGAUGGAAUAACCCAGCCAAUCACUUAAUUCUUGUAGCAAUAACACUGGGAUAUAAAUCAUCUGAAUUACUGCCGUAAAAAAAAACCAUAUUCAAAACCACCAUCAGGUUGUCAGGAUCUACUUUCAACUCAUGACAAGUAUGUAUUUAUUUUCAAGGAUACAUGUUUAAUUUAGCAGAAUAAUUUAAAUAGUCAAAGGAAUGCUCCAGGAACCAUAACAUUUACAGCACUCUGUAGUGGUUAUGGUGUUGAGUGGUCCAUUUUAACAUGUUUGACAACUUACCUGGGUCACUGGGCGCCUGAGCUACAUCAGCCAUAUCUGGUCUGCCAGCAGCAGAAACCCAAUGUCUCUGUAGAUUACAGCUCUACCAAUGCAGGAUGGUGCCUGCCAUUGAGCUUGGUCCUGCAUUGCUUUAUAGAGCAAUCUGUCUUCUGCCCGAGAGGACCAAAUAUGGACCUGGCAGGUAGCUUGUCAACCCAUGCAACAAUGGUUGGACAUUAUACUGCAUGAAGGCACCGGGGUAUUCUUGGCACCGUAACGGUUACAGAUGCUUUGAGUGUUCCUUUAAAAAUGAAUAGUUUGCAUUGCUAUACCCUCAUAUAUUUGAUGGAACGGUGGAGAAUAAAUGUAACAGUUCGGUAGAGCACAUCGAGCCCUGUUAGGUUCUCACAGCAUUUCAUGGGGAGGUAUAAUUUAUAGUAAUUGAUGCCAGGUGUGAGAAUUGCAAGCAUUAAAUGGUGAGGCCAAGGUGGUAGUAAUUAGUGUCAGGCACUGGGCACCCCUUGGAGUUCAAUAUAAAGGUGGUUCUGCAUAUUUCAGGAGGAUGAUAAAUUCAGUGACAUGCCUCUACAUUUCCAAAAUUAGUUUCACUAUUCUGAGCUCAGUAAAGAGAAUCAAUACAGUUGGUUCCUGCUUCCAUUAAAAAAAAAAAAAGGAAAUAAUAAUCGCUGUAAACUUUUAAACUCCUAACAUACAGCAAUUUUUGUAUCCAAACUGUUUACUGUUAUGUGCCAAAAAAUAUGAGAUCAGGAUCGAGGGCAGGAUGGAACGUGCCACCUGCGAAGAGGCAGCUCCGAUAACAAUAAUAAAAUCUACUUGGGAAUGUUUCCAGGAGAAUCAAAAACUAAACCCAAAUGGGCCGAGAGGUUGUUCAUAAAUUACUCUCAUCAAAUGCUGCUGUUAAAAACAGCCCUGCUUAGGGCAAAAAUAUAAUCAGUAGAAACUGGCGCUUUAGCUGUGCUGCUUGGCAAAGUCUCAUCUAAAGCUUAUAUUAGAAUUCCAGACGCUUUCCUGCCAUAGUUCUAUAAUUAAAUAAACCUAUUCGUUGCACAACCAGUUUAGAACCCCACCCACCGCUAGCAGCAAGAGCAUUCGGAGAUUAGAGACUCUAAGGCACCAUAACCACCACAGUGUAUUGUACAAGUAUCUGUAGUGCUUAUAUUGCAAGGACUUCCUAAAAUUUUGGUCUGUUUUUUGAAUUUGUGGUGGUCAUCCACCCCCAAAAGCCUGCUCCUCCUGUCAUUGUACUCCCCUACUCUGUUAGCACUAUCCCAUACUGAUGAUUAGCUCCUGGGUUGGGAAGUAUAAAUUGUUGUGUUGCGUGCAAACCUAGGUGUUCGCUAAACACAUUAUUGAAAAAUGUACGGGAAAAAUCGCUCAUUUGGAAAAAAAAAAUUACUUCAAACCAACUUUAGUCACAGCUUGGCUAUAUUGGUAUUAUGCUGGAAAUCCGGUUUAAUACAUGUCCAGUUGUCUGGGGUGGAGAUCAUUGGGGGGGGGGGGGCUGUGUGUGUGUGUAUGUGUGUGUAUAUAUAUAUGUAUGUAUGUAUGUAUGUAUAAUUGUUUUUUUUUUUUUUUUCAUCUGUUACAACUCUGGUCUGUAAUUGCUUUUAUGAAUAACUGUUUGGCGUGAGUUAUUCGAUGGAGGUGUAACUCUUGUUUUAUGUGUGAAGUUUAUACAUAAAGUGUAACUGGAUUCCAUCAUUGAGGUGCUAAAUGGAAAGCAAUUUGCAAAAAUCUAUUUUAUGUAACUGUAAUGUACGCUGCAUUCAUCCCUACCCCUCCGAAUCUGUAAUGUCUAGACUCAAGCUUUGGUGUAAAAUCUGUAUCUCUUGGUGAUAAUUAAUGGAAUAGAAAUGAUUAAAAAUAAAUGUUUUUAAAUUCUCAACAUAAUGCUUGCUUCUGCCAUCCCUUAAUGACCGGUUUAGGAAAAUACAAUUAUGUAAUUCUGCCUGUGCUGGUUAGUGUUUACUUGUUCAGCUGGCUUCCUGACUUAACAGCAUCCUUAAAGAGAUAUUUUGAACACCUUAAACACUGCAGCUUAUUGUAAUAGUUAUGGUGCAAAAAUACUUUUUUGAUGCAAUUCCUAAAAGUUUUGUCAAAACAUUUUAAAGCAAAAUGACAACUGUUGAAAGUUUCCCUGGUUUCCAUAGCCAACCCCCCUCUGCCCCUGAGGGUGUAGAGAAUCUGACUUCAAUCAUUUUUGCAGUGCCGAAAGCGUUGCCUGCAAUUUGGCGUGACCAACCAGUACAAAUCCUGUGGCUAGAAAAUGCAGAAGAGAAACUUUCUCAUUACCAAGUUAGUGGCAAUUUGACAAAGAAAAUAGGAUGGGAGGAAACCUUGCAUAAUGACACCCUAACUAUUACAAUAAAAUACAUUGGAUUUGGUGCUUGGAGUGUCCCUUUAAAUGCAAUAUGUAUUGAGUGUUUCUCACUAAAGUAGCCAUCAAGCACUAUUUAGCACUUGGGACUCAAACUAUCAUGUGUACUAAUUUAAAGUGGAACUGUCACCACCUGGGCACUUUGCAAAUUAUACAAAGACCCCAGACAAUGACAUCGCUGCUGGGGGUCCGGUUGCCUCGCGGCGCCACCAUCCUCUUCUGCUCCUGACACUUCAUGCGCAAGAGCACAGCAUCAAGAUUUGUGGAGAGUCCUGCUUUACCGCGGGAUCCUCCAUAGAUGUAGCUGAUUUACCGUCGGGGUGGUAUUGACACUUGUUGAUGGUGUGGUAGCUCUGCCCAGUGUCUGGAAGGGUCAGGCGUAGAAAUAAAUUCUACUUUGCUUUUUGUCUGGGUUUUUUUUUUUUUUUUCAGGGCAAGGUCCUCUGCUUAUAGAUUUGAAACCAAAACCAAUUUCUGAUCUCUAUUAUCCUAUCUGUUUAAAGGGACAAAACAAGUACUCCAUUUACAUCUGCUUAUUGUGCAGGUUACUUGCAAAGAAGUUGCCUUGUCCCCCAUCUUCCCCAUAUUUUGUGACCAUAAUUUGUACUGUCUACAUCCUCUCUAUGGAAAUCCUGUGCUACAGCUUUAAAUAGUUGCUUCUGGGAGAUAUACUUACACACAAUACACAUUUUACAAAGAGUUUUUCACUAAAACCUAUUCCCUGGCACAUGUUCUCUAUUAAUCCAUUAUCUUUGUCUCUAGAUAUCUCCUGGAACAAGACUUCCCUGGCAUGAGGAUUGGCCCAGAACCCACCACAGAUUCCUUCAUUGCGGUGAUGCAGGGUGAUGUGGAGGGGGUUGUCCCAGGCAAUGCACUCGUGGUGGAUCCCAAAAAACCUUUUAGAAAACUGAAUGCUUUUGGAAACGCCUUCUUAAACAGGUCAGUGUGACGUUAGACUCAGGAUGUUAUGAUUCUAGCUUUAUUUAAGGGCUCCUGGAAUGGGCAUCAGCUGGCAGGAAGGAAAACUCAGCGUUUAUGGUAAAUGCCGAAUGACCGUAGACUCUGUCCCCUGCCUGCCUAAUUAUGGUUAUGGUUGGCAGUCUUUCUUUGUUUUAUAUGAUCUAUUCUCAUUAACUGUAUACUCCACAGACCUGUAUUAAGGGGCAUAAUACCACUGAACAUGUUAAAUGGCCAAUAAGGGAAACGUUUGGUUAAGGGGCGCAUUGUGGGUUGCACUGACAUGGACGGUUUUAGCUAGUGAUGAUUUAUGUAACUGAAAAGGUAAUUUAAAAAAAAAAGAAGAUAAUUUACACCAACUUCUUUCUAAUAACAUUUACCAAAAUGUCCAUUGUGAGCGCAAAGGAAAAGAGGAAUAGAAGGGUAAAAAAGUGACAGAGGGGCCUGGGUCCCAAAGAAUGACUAUUCUUCCUGUGUAGGGAAACUUGGGAGUUAUUGAGGGGUUAAAAAGGGGAAUGGGAUGCUCCAAUGGGAACUGCCUGGUGUUCUAGAACCGUUCAUGAUUUCCACGUAGAUCAUAGGCUGAGGGUUUUUUUUAUUUUAUUUUUUAUUUUGUCAGAUCAAGGAUUUCUGUGAAUAAUUAAUUAUAAGAUGUUGGCCAUUAUUAGAUGUUAGAUGUUUAACAUUCAUAGGUGUAGACUUUCCUUUUUAACCACUUUUGUUUUCAGAAUAUGGUGUCUGAAUCACGGUUAUUUACUAAAGUGAGAAUUGUCUUGAAUUUAAGAUUGGCUGAAUUGGAAAAAUCCUUGAAAUCAACUAUUAUUCCAAUUCAGCUAUUCUAGUCUAAAAUGUGAAAUUCAGGGUGCAAGAGAAUACUGAGAACGGACACCUCAAGCAGCUUGCCCUUCGGUGGGUCCCGGUCAGGUCUUAAGCUGGUUUUAGCUCCUCUUGUGAGAUCCUGAACCCUUUGCAUAUCAGACUUAUUCUUCCCAAAAGGCGUUCCCUAUGUGAAAUGCAGGCUGGCUCUUGCUGCACGAGGGCACAGUAACCCCAGACGAUAGUUUCAGUCUUGUUCGGCUUCGUCAGGGAGGUAUAGCCAAUACUCCUUCAGGCACCGUGAGGAAGAGGUCCACGUCUGGAUCACCCUUUUAUCUUACUGCUCUUUUGGGUGGGAUCCAUCUUCUACGCAAAGGGUUUAGGUUCUCUCUGUAAUAGCACAAGAUGAGCCUAAACCAGCUUGAGAUCUGAGCAGGGACCCACCGAAGGGUCAGGUAAUAAAGCUUUUGUCUGUUCUCAGGGUAUUCUCUUGCACACGGUCUUUUUGCUCUCCCAAACUUUAUAUCAUAUAGUAAAUAGCCUUGCAUGCCAAACAACUUUCCUAUUUUUGGAAGGAUAGUGCUGAUUUCUGGGUCCUGUCUCUCCGUCCUAACUUUGAUCUAUGAUGUCCCCAAAAAGCAAUGUGCAAAUGCAUCAUUAGAAGCUUUUGUGUUUUGCUCAGGGUAGAAGGACCUUGCAGAGAUCACUGAACCAGUGUCUCCUGCUUGUUCCACCCUUGGUGGGUUGGCCUGUUUCUUCUGUUCUCUUGUCAGUACCUACGAUCGCUUUUGUUUUUUGAAAACUUACGACAAUGGUAUUUGAAGUGUAUACAUUUGUGCACUGCGUGCAUUAAUUUGCUUCAUUCUAUCUGUUUUUAAUAUUUGAAAAUUCUUUACAGCAAAACAUACCAGGUCAUACCCCCGAACAAAGGAAGUGGGUCAGUGACACAAAUAGCGUUACUGGAACCACUUAGAGGAGGAAUUAUCCCACCCACUGGCACCAUGCUUUAUGGGAUGCCGAUGUUGGUGGCAUGACCCUGUAUGUUUCGCUAGAAAGAAUUCUCAAAAGUUAGAAAACAAACUACAUGAAUUCAUGUAUAUAAUGCACAAAUACUUACAACUGAAAUAUUACUGUCUUGUGUUUUCUCAAAAAACACUGUAGGUACAGACAAUCCGAACUGACACUAUAAAUAUAGUGCGGUAUGAAUAAUGUUAUCAGGCUAGAUCUGUUGAUGAGCUUAACUGCACACUGACUCUCCUGACUUGGACUAUAGGCAGUGGUAAUCCUAUUUUUUUUAAUUUUAUUUAUUUUUUUGCCUUUAACUGGUUUCCAAAUAUAGAUCUACAUGCUGGACAAAAACACAAUGAUAGUAAAUAGAAUAAAACACAUUUGAUAAAAUGCUUUUUGGCAAGCAUUCUUAAUAUGUCAGCCUGGUUACUAUUACGGUCUUUAGCAACAUGGUAUUCACAUGCUACCCUGUACAAGGUAUGGGCAGGCCCUCUUAGGAUUCCCAGGCAGCCAUGCCAUGAGCAGUGUACUUCACAGUAGCUGGAUGGCAGCAUCUUUGUGGACCAAGUAGGCAGUAUUUUUAUUUAAACUUUUACUGAAAAUUAGGAUUCCACAAAAUUAAUGAAAACUGUACAGCUACUGAUAGAUGCUGGCUGACAGCCAAUAUGGAAAAAAUGAAAUGUUGAUGAGUGGGAAAAAAUCUAAUGUUUGCCUAUUUGCUAUUUUUUUCAACUAGACUUUCUACAACAUUAACGCUCUGGUAGAGUUUAUACCGCUCACAUGACGUGUUUCUAAGAUCUGGGUCACUGUUCGGACAGGCUGAUGAAAGGUCUCUCUGAGAGGAGAACUGUGGCUAGUUUCUAAUGGCUUAAACUUGUGUUCGAAUCCCGAGAGACAUGUAUUCUGGGAAAACGCUUGCUUCCCCUGGCAACCCUUCUUCAGCGCUGUGACAAUGUAACUUUUCGCACUCUGCUCAUUAUUAAUCGCAGUGAAGUGUGAGGUCAGGGUUAUAGAAAUCUCUGCUGUGGGUUUCCUGGACACAGCCUGGAUACUUGUAACGGAACUGCUAAUUGCACUUUCAUAAAACAUAUUACAGCAGGAUAUACUGCAAGGUAAAUCUAAUAUUAGUAGGAGUUAUUACUCAAUGCCUCUUAUAUAGGGGAAUAUUCACUAAACUGUGAAACUCACAGCCACGUUAACCCAAACUGUCUGCUUUGUUCAACUGUUUCCAAGUCCACCUCAAAACUUCUCUUCUUAAAGAGCCCCACAAUUCAUUUAAUAAACUCCUUAAAGUGCUAUAAUUAUCUGGAAAAAAAACGACCCUGCUUGUAUCUUCCAUUUCCACCUGCCAUGCUAGUCUUCCACAACCUCAUAUAUCUGCCUUGGGAUCCUCCCCUCCACCCCCAUCUGUUAACCCUUUACUUUGUAUGUGUGCUGAUGGGAAUCUGGAAAAGGAGUGUUUGCGUUUUUUUUUAUUUUUUUUUUUACAUUUUGGCACGGCCUGCCAGUUCCCCUCGAAGGUCCUCUCCCCUUCUAAACAGCAGCCAUUGGUGUAAUGUUUUAGAAAUGUAAUCAGUUCCUUUUGUUAGUAAUAUGUUCCACAAGCAAUGCUUCUGUGAGAACAAUAGGAUAUUUGCAGAGUACUUAUUUAACACGGUUCUCAUCCGGUAUGCUGGAGACAGCUUUAGUUACAAUUCAAACAUUAAUCCUAACAUUCCGCACGUAUUUGUUAUAACUAUGCUGAGACUAAUAACUUGUGAUUGACAAGAACGUUGAUUUAAAGGGACUCGAUCAUUUACAAAAUGUGGAUAUACCUUCCAGUAGGUAGAUUUAUAUUCAAUACACGCAGGCGAUCAGUUUACAUGCAAUCUACAUAUACGUACUUACCGAAUGUAAAGAAUCCUGCAAUGUCUGGUACACACAUCAACGUACAUUCAUUACCAGCAUCUGCCCUUCUAUUUUAUACAUGACCUAUAUACUGGUGCAUUAUAUAAAAUAAUUCAUUUUAAAUUAUCUGCUCUACAGAAUGGGACAUUGUAAUGUGUCCUGGCAGUCUUCAGUUGCAAUGAAGUAUUUGGUCUAGCAGAAGGAUAGCUCCGCAGUAUCCUCUCUAAACUGAUUUAGUGCAUUGCUCUUGGGUCAGAAUACAGAGGAUUUAGGGGUGAGGUGUGGUUGUAAUCAGAAAUUCCUUACACCCAGCCAGUAACUGGUCAUUUACACAUUUCAACCUAUUUUAGUAGCACAAUCAAUUGAUGCACAUUUGUAUCUAAUGUGCUGUUUAGAGAUCUGUUUUUUUUUUUGUUUUUUGUUUUUUUUAAAUGGGCAUUAAAUGUACAAUUUCUUCCAGUUAUGCUUUUCAUUUCAUGUCUUUUCGUUCUCUGUUUGCAGGUUCGUCUGUGCACAGCUACCAAAUCCUGUACUCGAGAGUAUCAGCGUGAUUGACACUCCUGGGAUACUUUCUGGGGAGAAACAGAGGAUAAGUCGAGGUAGGAUUGUGUUUUGGCAUUUAUAAGCCCAGCACAUAUCUGCAAUAGCCACCAUGACAUCUCUACGCUUACAAUGUCUGACUGUUAGGAGCUGCAGUCUGAACAGAUAGUCCCAUUACUGAAUCUAUUAUAAAUCUGUAAAUUCUAUUCUAAAACCUGUUAAAUUCCUUCUAGAAGCUGUUCUGAAUUUGGCAAAUUAAUUGAUUAUGACAUCUGACGGAGCACAUAAGGGAUCCUAAAUAAUGUUGUGUGUUUUUUUGUUUUGUUUUUUUUGUUUUGUUUUGUUUUAUGGAAGCUUUAUGGAAUAUACUAAGAUGAUGACCCUUGUUCCAAAAAAAAAAAAAAGCCUGUCUUUUUGUAGUGUGCUAAAUUUGUCAGAUAUAACAGCCGUUCUGGGGAGGCUUGAGUCUCCCAAACCCCGUCUUUCAGAAUGUGUGUGCAGUACGAAGACUAUAAGACCUAUAUUCAAAAGAAGAAAAACUACCACAACGAGAGGACAUAGUCUUAAAUUAGAGGGGCAAAGGUUUAAAAAUAUCAGGAAGUAUUACUUUACUGAGAGGGUAGUGGACGCAUGGAAUAGCCUUCCAGGGACUAAUGAAAGUAUCUAGAAAAUUGGGCAGACUAGAUGGGCCAAAUGGUUCUUAUCUGCCGUCACAUUCUAUGUUUCAGAAUUCUUCCAUAAAGCCUGUAUGGAGGUCUGUCUUGGGUGAGAAGCUAACUAAACAUGACCUAUACUACUUUUUAUUGCAAGAAUUGAUCAAAUCCCUAAAGCACAAAAUCUAAACCUAGACAAUUUGGAUAGUUCUACAUAGAAGCUGUUUGCCAUGCUUCCAUCCUCAUAUUUCUCCACCUACACUGUACAUCUCCAGUACAGUACUACUAACACAUCCGUUAAGUUAUAGACCAUUUUUCAAAGAGCUUUAUAAGGAUAUGUAAAGUAUUUCUGAUGACCGAGCCGCUACAAUCAGUCUGUGACACCUUUAACUUGGAGUAAAAUUUCCGCCAAGAAGUGGGCAAUCUAUAGUGGAAGACUUGAUUUGCCCUCUAUCGUUGAUGCUAUAGGAAUGGCUCCUUGGAGAGGGCAACGUACCAAAACAAACAGUAAUUUUAAACCAACGUUCUAAAAUUGGAGUAAUUACCAGGGGAUAUUUUCACUUCUUAAAAUUAACUCUGUGUAGUUUGGUUUAGCUGAGGUAAUAACCAGGCUUUAAGUGGAGGUAUAUGGUUCAGUGUUGUAACGGACCGUUUCUCUCACAAGGGGAUAAAAUCCGUUUAGGCGAUAAUCCCCUUUCCCAUAGACCAGCAGCUAUUGCAAUCACCAACCUCCCGAACUCCAAACUGUACGAAUCCCCAACUCACGAACAAGAAAUACACGAACUCUGGAAGCAGCCGAACAGGAAAAGCAAUACGAGCUGCUUACACUCCUGGCAGUCAGCACACAAUCCAAUUCCCCCAAUAACGAGACGACACUUCGUUUUGAGGGUUAAGCAGAAUCUCCAGAUUUAUUCACACAACCUCCUUUUAAGACAUUCUCCCAUGCAAGGGAGGGAUCCACAACAAUUAGUACCCCAGCCAAUAAUGUACCAGUGACCUCCCACACAUCUCCUCCCCUUAGUGUGACACAUAAUCCCAUUAGUACAGACACAAAUUCCCUGGGAUACUGGAUGUACCCCUAAACAUAGGAAUACCCCUUUAAAUGUUACAUCCCCUGGUAACCCUGAUCUGGGUGAGACACAUAUCCAAAAAUCACCCAGAUCGGACCAGGGGUUCAGGAAUUAUAAAGGGUUAAAGUUUUGACCGACUGCAUGGCAAAAGUAUCCGAAAAUAGUUCCAUGUACUUUGGCCCUGCAGUCGGUCACAGAAAAGGGAAUGAAUCACACGAAUUGCCUGGGUUAUAGAGCUUGGGGAGGAUUCGUAUGAAUCCCCCUGUUCGUGGGAUCCUUUCUACCGAACGGCGGGCCGUUCGGUAGUUUCUGCACGAAUUGCUGGAAGUCUGGAGGUCUCAGCGGUGUUUGCUUAGUCAGUGUCCGAUUUUAGUUCCAGACACUCGACGGCAAAACACCGCUGUUCGGGAGUUUAAGAUGGCCGCCGCCACGUGUUCGUUUCCCGAAUGGCGGCCACCCAGAGGACACAACACACAUUACACAUAUUGCCAAUUACCCAUUUGCAACAUUGUUGCAAACGGUAAUUGGAGGCACACUUACUCCCGGGUGGUCUGGUUGUUCGGUAGUUUCACCCAAUAUAAUGAAUGAAGUGAUUCUACCGAACAAUCAGGGGAAUGCUGCAUUCACCUAACACUUUAUACCGAACAUAUACUAUUAAAUACAGCCUGAAUGCAAUUUGCUACACAGUCUUAAAAAGGCAUUAUUCCUAACAGGCAGAAUAUGUUCACGGAUGGCCCUUAAAGGGCCAGUAGCAGCAAUAUAAGAAUGUCACAUGCCCAAAUAUUGCAUACAAAAGUACGAAUUCACAAGGGGGCCAUAGUCAGAUGGCAGGAGGCUGGCAACCAGGCUUCUCCAGUGCAUAGUGGCGAGGUUGGUUUCGCCACACUUCUCCCCUUUCCCAAUCAGACUAACAGGGUAUCUGACCUCCUGCCGGUCAGUGCCCUCGUUAGUCCAGCAGCCCACCCACAAAACACAAUCAGUAAUACAGCCCACCCACAAUAACUGGCUACUACACCUGGGUAGCGGAGAACUUUGUCCGUGUCCAGGUGCCUCACCAUGGCUGCGUGGGUGACUGGUCAGCGUACUGGGUGGGUUGCUGAGUGGGCAGAGACCAGCGGUACUCUGUCCUGGUGCCAGCACUACCAUGGGAGCAGUCUGGUUGGAGCCUGGUUGCUGGAGGAGAAGACAGACUGUCUCCCCUUUGCCUAAACAGUCCUGCUGCUGGGUGACAGGACCGACUGUCCCUACCCCCGGUGGUGCAUGUGCAGCGACUACUGUCCCAUCUGCACUGUUGUGGAGAUCACUGUCUCCCCUUGGUGGGCUAAGCUGCCGCUGGGGAGAGGGUGUAACAAGCUCCUCUCCCAUACAUACUUCCAGCCGCUGGGGAGAGGGGAUAACAAGCUCCUCUCCCUGACCCACUCUCUGCUGUUGAAGGGGGAGACUGACUGUCUCCCCUUUCAAUAAUUCGUCCUGUUGCUGGGGAGAGGUGAUAACUGGUUCCUCUCCCUGGAACACUCUCUGCUGUUGGAGAGGGGGACCAACUGUCUCCCCUUUUAAUAUAUUGUCCUGCUGCUGGGGAGCGAGACCGACUGUCUCCGCUUCCUGCAGGACACACUGCCGCUGGGGAGGAAGGACGGCACCUUCUGCUCCCUGGAACACACACUGCCGCUGGGGAGGACGGACGACACCUUCAGCUCCCUGGGACACACACUGCCGCUGGGGAGGAAGGACUGCACCUUCAGCUCCCUGGGGUACACACUGCCGCUGGGGAGGAAGGACGACACCUUCAGCUCCCUGGGACACACACUGCCGCUGGGGAGGAAGGACGCACCUUCAGCUCCCUGGGACACACUGCCGCUGGGGAGGAAGGACGACACCUUCAGCUCCCUGGGAUACACACUGCCGCUGGGGAGGAAGGACUGCACCUUCAGCUCCCUGGGAUACACACUGCCGCUGGGGAGGAAGGACACCUUCAGCUCCCUGGGAUACACUGCCGCUGGGGAGGAAGGGCGGCGCCUGGGGAGCUGGGGAGGAAGGACGGUACCUUCAGCUCCCUGGGAUACACACUGCCCUGGGGAGGAAGGACGGUACCUUCAGCUCCCUAGGAUACUGCAGCUGGGGAGGAAGGACGGCACCUUCUGCUCCCUGGGGUACACACUGCCGCUGGGGGGGAGGAAGGACGGCACCUUCGCUCCCUGGGGUACACACUGCCGCUGGGGAGGAAGGACGGCACCUUCUGCUCCCUGGGGUACACCUAUGAGUCCCCGUAACGCACUCUGCCUCCGGAUAGGGCGGCUGAUACCUUUGGCUGGAUCUGCCAUGAACUCCAGGUACUCGUCUACCUGGCUCCUUACGAACUGCACGUAUUUCUCCGGGGGGUUGGGUCCAAAGAAAGCCAGCCGCAUAGCAAACUCUCUGUCAUACUGCUCCUGAGUGUACCUAGGUGCCAUGCUUGCGCUGCUGAAGUUGGCUCUUUUGUCGAUAGGGUCGCUGUACGUGUACUGGCGUUGCCCUCACUUUGUAAUCCAAGGAAUGGUGUUGCCCUGUAGCUGUCUUUCUGGUUGUAGGAACGAUCCCACCGCUGCCACCAAUUGUAACGGACCGUUUCUCUCACAAGGGGAUAAAAUCCGUUUAGGCGAUAAUCCCCUUUCCCAUAGACCAGCAGCUAUUGCAAUCACCAACCUCCCGAACUCCAAACUGUACGAAUCCCCAACUCACGAACAAGAAAUACACGAACUCUGGAAGCAGCCGAACAGGAAAAGCAAUACGAACGGCUUACACUCCUGGCAGUCAGCACACAAUCCAAUUCCCCCAAUAACGAGACGACACUUCGUUUUGAGGGUUAAGCAGAAUCUCCAGAUUUAUUCACACAACCUCCUUUUAAGACAUUCUCCCAUGCAAGGGAGGGAUCCACAACAAUUAGUACCCCAGCCAAUAAUGUACCAGUGACCUCCCACACAUCUCCUCCCCUUAGUGUGACACAUAAUCCCAUUAGUACAGACACAAAUUCCCUGGGAUACUGGAUGUACCCCUAAACAUAGGAAUACCCCUUUAAAUGUUACAUCCCCUGGUAACCCUGAUCUGGGUGAGACACAUAUCCAAAAAUCACCCAGAUCGGACCAGGGGUUCAGGAAUUAUAAAGGGUUAAAGUUUUGACCGACUGCAUGGCAAAAGUAUCCGAAAAUAGUUCCAUGUACUUUGGCCCUGCAGUCGGUCACAGAAAAGGGAAUGAAUCACACGAAUUGCCUGGGUUAUAGAGCUUGGGGAGGAUUCGUAUGAAUCCCCCUGUUCGUGGGAUCCUUUCUACCGAACGGCGGGCCGUUCGGUAGUUUCUGCACGAAUUGCUGGAAGUCUGGAGGUCUCAGCGGUGUUUGCUUAGUCAAGUGUCCGAUUUUAGUUCCAGACACUCGACGGCAAAACACCGCUGUUCGGGAGUUUAAGAUGGCCGCCGCCACGUGUUCGUUUCCCGAAUGGCGGCCACCCAGAGGACACAACACACAUUACACAUAUUGCCAAUUACCCAUUUGCAACAUUGUUGCAAACGGUAAUUGGAGGCACACUUACUCCCGGGUGGUCUGGUUGUUCGGUAGUUUCACCCAAUAUAAUGAAUGAAGUGAUUCUACCGAACAAUCAGGGGAAUGCUGCAUUCACCUAACACUUUAUACCGAACAUAUACUAUUAAAUACAGCCUGAAUGCAAUUUGCUACACAGUCUUAAAAAGGCAUUAUUCCUAACAGGCAGAAUAUGUUCACGGAUGGCCCUUAAAGGGCCAGUAGCAGCAAUAUAGAAUGUCACAUGCCCAAAUAUUGCAUACAAAAGUACGAAUUCACAAGGGGGCCAUAGUCAGAUGGCAGGAGGCUGGCAACCAGGCUUCUCCAGUGCAUAGUGGCGAGGUUGGUUUCGCCACAAGUGUUAUUUAAUCUUAAAAUGUGUAGACGCUAGAGAUUUUCUUCUGCAUUACUGACUGUCCUGCAUCAGUUUAGCGUGGAAACGUUCACAAGAAUUCUGGUUUCCCUGUAAUGUUGACUCUAUUUGAGCUGUUAAAUUACCAUUAUUAUUAUUAUUAUUAUUAUUAUUAUUAUUAUUAUUAUUAUUAUUAUUAUUACAGUUUACACAUUUUUGGAAAAAUUAAAGAUUUUGUUUUUUAUGAAAACACCUCUUAUUUAAAGGGACACUUUAAGUAUCAUAACUACUACACAUGAUUGUAGUUAUGGAGCAAGGAGUCUCAUUGGUUGGUUUGUUAAAUAAUUAGCAUUUUUCAAAAAGCUGUGUUCUCCAUGCACUUAAAACCUAUCCCAUCUGCUGCCACCAAUUCAUCCAACCAAUUAGGCUACACCCCCCAACACUCACAGACUCAGUGCUCCAAAUGUGUAUCCUUAUUUGUUCUUGGUGGUUAUGGUACUUAAAGGACCGCUAUAUGCACCCAGUCCGCUUCAUCUCAAUGAAGUGGUCUGGGUGCAGUGGCCCUUUGAUGUAAAACAUUGAUGUUUUGUAGAAACCGCUUUGUUUACCUUGAAGGGUUAAAUACACUUCCAGUGGCUGCCAGACUAACAAUAGGAUUGCUUCCUAUGCAACAACGAGUGAAACUGUCAUUAAUUCAAAGCUUUCUUAUGAAAAUUAUUUGAUUGGAGGCAUGAGCAGCACUUAUAGUGUAUGCGUAAUCACGUCCUCAAUGCUUCUCUAUGGAUAGCGUUAAAUUGGACCACCGCCAGGUGAUUGACACCUCUAGGAUGACAUCGUGGGUGGCGGAGCGGGUAGUAGCUCUAAGGGAGUCACUGCACUGGAAAAAGGUAAGUAUCACUUUAGUAAUUAUUUUUAUUGCAGUUGGUGGGGGCUAUAAUGCAAAUAGGGACAUUAUGCUAUGCUGUUCCUCUAAUGUGCCUUUAAGCGUGCUUUAUAAAUGAAGAUGGCUUGAGAUUUCAUUACUGCGCAAUGGGACAACAUAAUGUUUAAUGUGUAAUGUUUUAACAAUGAAUUCUAAAGAACUGAAAACCAAAUUGCAUAAAUCGCCAAGUUGUGAUUUAUAAAUUGGAGAAUUUUUCCAAAUUAUCUAUUGCUAAACACAAUUUGCAAUUCUGUUUUGGCUACACAACAUUUUAUUAUUUAUUGAAUGAACCCCAUUCGUAUCAAACUGUUUUUGGUACAUAUUAUGACAGCUGUUCUGUCUGACCUAUUCUCUGAUUUUGAUUCCUUGUUAUGUAAAUACAUAUCUAAUACUUGCUCACACAGUGCCCCAUUUUAUUGUGUUCAUUUGUGUCACAGUAUACAGUUUGUUUUGUAUGUACAUUUUCGAGUGUAAUAGCUAAACUGCGAUCAAAUGCAGAGAAUAAAUUUUUUUUUUUCUUGGCUAUAUAUCUAUGCUGCGCCUUCAUCAGGCAGAAAUAGUACCCGCAUACCCUAAUGUUACUGGAAAUAAAGUACUUUUGCGUAAGUGGAUUCGGGCAAACCAGCUUGUGUCAAUCAUGGCCACCAACUUAGAACAAGCAUUAUUUAUUAUGUAGAAUUUUCCAUCAGAUUCUAUAGAUUUAUUCACAAUCUUCAGCUUUCUGGGUAUAUUUGCCCAGAAUUUAAUUUUGACCGGGAAAGAAAUGUAUUAUUUGAAGAAAUCUAAUCUAAGUGGUGUUCAGGCGUCCAGAUGUUGCUCCUUACAUAUUGAAUUCUCUCGUGUAUUAUCAAAUUGAAGAAUUUUCUGUUAUCUUUUGUGGUUGUGGGAGUGUGACAUCUUAUCAGUUAGGCAACAUUGUACCAUGUGGAGACCGCUUCAAAAUCUGAAACUCUUUCUGAUGAAGGGGCAAGCAAGAGAGUUUCAUACUUGACCUUUUAAGUGGGAAAGUGGAUAAUUGAGUUGUGAUGUAAUUCAGCCCAGGUUACGAAUGGAAACUUGGCUGAUUAGAGAUGCAUUUAGGACAGGCCAGCUCGUGUAAAUAUAUAAUCCUGGGUGCAGAUACAGGUAAAGGUGUAGUUAGAGUACAUCUCAGGAUAGAAAACAUGUAUUGUAUGUCUGCAAAAUCACUCUGCAUACAUGGUAUUUAACCUCUUAAGGACACGACAUGUGUGACCUGUCAUGAUUCCCUUUUAUUCCAGAAGUUCGGUCCUUAAGGGGUUAAAGCAACAGUCACCCCCUCCUGAAAAUGAGUGUUUGAUAUAGAUAAAAUCUUUAUGAAAUACUUGUUUAAAAUGUUUGGAAUUUCACUAAAAUUCAAAACCAAUCGAGAGAUAUACAGAGACAUAAUAGGGGCCAUCUCUGUAUUUCUGCUCAACCUGACUUUUAGUCCGUCCCGACAGCCACCACCAUUGAUGGCUGCAGGGAAUUUGCUCUGUUUCUGGAGGGUCUGCUGGGAUCCCUCAUAGACCUCAAUGCUGAACUCGCAAGUAAUGUUGGCUCCUGGCACUAUAGAGAAGCUGAGUAAGAAUGCUUGCACUGCCCGCGAGGGACAUGUUUUGGUAAGUAAUCUCACCAUUAUCUGCUCCCCUGCUGGCCACCGGACCACCAGCGAUGAUGUCACGAUUGGGGGACAUUGUGAAUUCAGCAAAGCUGUCAGACUGUGAAAGUGCAGUUGCAACGCAGGUCUGUUGUAUUCUUCUUUGCUAAUAGUUGGUAGGCAGUUAUUUGAAAUGUUGGAAGGUGUUUUAUUCCAUUUACAACCAGACCAAGAGGGACACUUUCAUUUUAGGGGUGUGGGUGUGGGCAGGGGCUGUUCUGAAAAAUUUUAGGUGACUUAAUAAUAAUUUUAUACAACUAAAAUGUGAUUUUAAAAAUAGGAAUGUAUCUUGGUUACACUGACUGACUUCUAAACACAUUUUUUGGAAUAUAACAAAUAUGUUUUAGAAAUUAGAGAGGGUUUUACUUUGGGAUCACAGUAAUAAUUUAAAUCUGUCAUUUUAACCCCUAUGAUAUGAUAUUAUUUAUAUAUAUACAGGGAGUGCAGAAUUAUUAGGCAAGUUGUAUUUUUGAGGAUUAAUUUUAUUAUUGAACAACAACCAUGUUCUCAAUGAACCCAAAAAACUCAUUAAUAUCAAAGCUGAAUAUUUUUGGAAGUAGUUUUUAGUUUGUUUUUAGUUAUAGCUAUGUUAGGGGGAUAUCUGUGUGUGCAGGUGACUAUUACUGUGCAUAAUUAUUAGGCAACUUAACAAAAAACAAAUAUAUACCCAUUUCAAUUAUUUAUUAUUACCAGUGAAACCAAUAUAACAUCUCAACAUUCACAAAUAUACAUUUCCGACAUUCAAAAACAAAACAAAAACAAAUCAGUGACCAAUAUAGCCACCUUUCUUUGCAAGGACACUCAAAAGCCUGCCAUCCAUGGAUUCUGUCAGUGUUUUGAUCUGUUCACCAUCAACAUUGCGUGCAGCAGCAACCACAGCCUCCCAGACACUGUUCAGAGAGGUGUACUGUUUUCCCUCCUUGUAAAUCUCACAUUUGAUGAUGGACCACAGGUUCUCAAUGGGGUUCAGAUCAGGUGAACAAGGAGGCCAUGUCAUUAGAUUUUCUUCUUUUAUACCCUUUCUUGCCAGCCACGCUGUGGAGUACUUGGACGCGUGUGAUGGAGCAUUGUCCUGCAUGAAAAUCAUGUUUUUCUUGAAGGAUGCAGACUUCUUCCUGUACCACUGCUUGAAGAAGGUGUCUUCCAGGAACUGGCAGUAGGACUGGGAGUUGAGCUUGACUCCAUCCUCAACCCGAAAAGGCCCCACAAGCUCAUCUUUGAUGAUACCAGCCCAAACCAGUACUCCACCUCCACCUUGCUGGCGUCUGAGUCGGACUGGAGCUCUCUGCCCUUUACCAAUCCAGCCACGGGCCUAUCCAUCUGGCCCAUCAAGACUCACUCUCAUUUCAUCAGUCCAUAAAACCUUAGAAAAAUCAGUCUUGAGAUAUUUCUUGGCCCAGUCUUGACGUUUCAGCUUGUGUGUCUUGUUCAGUGGUGGUCGUCUUUCAGCCUUUCUUACCUUGGCCAUGUCUCUGAGUAUUGCACACCUUGUGCUUUUGGGCACUCCAGUGAUGUUGCAGCUCUGAAAUAUGGCCAAACUGGUGGCAAGUGGCAUCGUGGCAGCUGCACGCUUGACUUUUCUCAGUUCAUGGGCAGUUAUUUUGCGCCUUGGUUUUUCCACACGCUUCUUGCGACCCUGUUGACUAUUUUGAAUGAAACGCUUGAUUGUUCGAUGAUCACGCUUCAGAAGCUUUGCAAUUUUAAGAGUGCUGCAUCCCUCUGCAAGAUAUCUCACUAUUUUUGACUUUUCUGAGCCUGUCAAGUCCUUCUUUUGACCCAUUUUGCCAAAGGAAAGGAAGUUGCCUAAUAAUUAUGCACACCUGAUAUAGGGUGUUGAUGUCAUUAGACCACACCCCUUCUCAUUACAGAGAUGCACAUCACCUAAUAUGCUUAAUUGGUAGUAGGCUUUCGAGCCUAUACAGCUUGGAGUAAGACAACAUGCAUAACGAGGAUGAUGUGGUCAAAAUACUCAUUUGCCUAAUAAUUCUGCACUCCCUGUAUGUAUGUGUGUAUAUGUAUAUGUAUGUAUGUAUGUAUGUAUAUGUAUAUAUAUGUAUAUAUAUAUAUAUAUAUAUAUAUAUAUGUGUGUUAUUAUUAUUCAGAUCGGCUGUAUAUGAAUGGUUUAGCACCCAGAUCUGUUUAGUUGGCACCUGUUUGCCCACUUGUUCAGAACUCUUGUUGGCAGUGCCAUAUAUGGCAUGUCUGGUGUCCUGGGGUAGAGUCACUUGGCACAGAGCUUCUAAUUAUUUGUUUAUAUAGAAUAUGUGGUUUUGUUCUCGUGUUAAAAACUGGCAGAAUUUGACCAAUAUUUGCAGUUUUUCACACAUUGCUGACUUGUUUUGGAAUUAAUUUUCAAGUCGUGUAAUGUUGCUGCAUUCUUUGGUCUUUAAAGGCGACUGAUAAAUAUUUAUGCAAGUGUGACAUUUUUACCCAGUUAGUCUCUGGCCUCGGAGAUCUAACGAGAGCCUGGUAACCCUGUGACUUUGCCCUCUGUCCACAUUCUUGACUCCGUGCAGUUAAGAGUAGAUUAACUGAUUUUAACUAUGAAUGCAUUUUACUUAAUUAAAGAGGAACCAUCACUUUACUCCUUUCAAGAAAACAUAGAAAAUCAGGUAGAACAGGCGCUAACAGAUUUUCAUGUGAUGCACCGAUUUAUUUAUUUUUUUGUCAGAUUUAUAUUAAAGAUUUAGACAGGGCGACUGUUUCAAAUCAGUAAGACACAGAAACACAGUUGUUUCUUUUUUUGUUUUUUCACACAGUACAUAUACAUAUUUGUUAACUAUAGGGAAAAUCCAAGUUUAAUAAUAUUGAAAAUCUAAGUUCUUUCCUCUGGUUUUUUUUUUUUUCUCGCAUUUUUCUUACGAAGUAAAGCUAUGUAAUAUGUUUUUAUUAAACACUAUAGUCACGCAGUCUAGACAUAUGCAAUUCGUUUCGGUUCAAAUUUAAAUUUGGACAUUCGGGUGCUUCCGAAGUGCUUCGGAUUUCUGCAAAGUGGCAAAACAGUAGAGGGAGGGAAAAUUAGGGAAAUGAUAACCGGAAUCUAACCCUACCCAUAACCCUAGUAUCUUUGGGGGUUGGGUUUAGGUUGGGGUUUAGGUUAGGCUUAGGGAAUUGCUGAAUUUCGGAAGUCCCGAAUUUCAGAAGUGCCGUGCUGAACCGAACUGAAUUUUUUGCCCAUGCACAUCCCUAACCCAGACCACAUUAUCUUAGUGAGGUGGUCAAUCAUCCCAUCACCUGUGCUGAAGCAGGGAUAUUAUACAUUUCUGGUGUUUUGGUGGGUCCUGUGGACAAGUUGAAAAAAGUUUAGAGAAUACCGGAUUAGACUUAUUUUAAGAAUUGGUGGAGUUCAAGCCACCAGAUGCCGAGCUUGUUAAACUGGUGAGAAGAACGUUUCAAUUGAUGACUGUGGUGACUGGGUAUAUUUUGCACAUUUAUCGAUAAACCUGGUCAAAUACCCUUACAAUCAUUGCAGUGUUAUUUUGUGGCUCCAUAAUGUGCGUUUACUCAGAGCUACUUUCUGAAAUGUUUCAAAUAUAAUUUUGCUGCGAAACACAAGUUAAGGAAUAAACACAUAUUAUAGGAAACUCAAUAUAUUUUCGCGGGCGAAGGUUAUUGUAAUACCCAAGAAAUCUGAUAAUAUAACCUUUUCAGUCAGGGUAUUUGGCUUGUUCUGUAAUUUUCCAUCCUGGGUUCAUUUCUCAUCAACGCAUUACUGCCUUCUGUGCUGGCAGUAGAAUUCGCCAUCCAGGGCACAAUUAAUUAUGUGCGCCUGCUCUGUUGCAAACUACCUUUUAUCCUUCAGCUGUGUUUACUGUCCUGGGAAGCAGAACACAGACACCAGACCUGAUCUUAAUGUUAUUGUUGCACCUGCGGAGAACGCAAUCUGUGGAUCAAAGGACGGGUGCAGAGAGAAGCUGGGAUUUGUUGCUACAUCAGAAUGUGCCCUUUAAAGACCCCAUUGUGUUCUACAGUGCUGUUAGUGUGUCUUUCUUCUUCAUUUGAAUUAAUGUUACUUGUAGUAAGCAUGACAGUCCUGGUUGCACGCACUCUACCUGAAACCUAAAGACUAAAAUUCCCAUUAUCCGGCUUCAGCUAGUUUGUAAGAAUGUAUCUAUGACUUCAUUAACUCCCUGAGUUUAUUUCAGAAAUUAUAGCUGGAGAACAUUCUAAAAAAAAAAAAAAAAUUCAAUGAUUGUAGCUGGAAUAAAUUUAUAAAACGUAUUUUUAUUUUAUAUCCAACUAUAAACUACGAUAAGCAAACUAUCCAUCUCAGUAUGUGGGGAAAAAACAUUUGCUGCAAGUAUACUCCUUGAACAGAAAGGGGUUUUUUUUUGUUUUUUUUUUGUAUAGGACCUCAGUAGACUCACCUAGUACUCAUUGCUUGAUACGAGUCGUCAUAUUCUCGUCUCUCAUUUAUACUGUAUAUUCGAUAUCCAGGUAAUCGACAUUUUCCAGGUGUCUACGUUUUAAAUGGAAACUAUAGGAUGAAACUCUUCUAUUUUUAAUUCCUGAUAUAAAUAUAUAUACUAUUAACAACGACCCUUGCAGAUGCAGCACUUAAUGAGUCUGCCCACAGCUAGAGGCUGGCAACUCCCUAAGCAGGAUCAGACCUAAUGUCUGGAGCAUCUCAUUAUGGUCUAUGGGAUCCGGUCUUCUCCAAUAAAGCCUUGUCAAGCAGGGGUGUGAGGGAUAAUGAGCAGUUCCAUUGCAAUGUCUCUAAACACAUGUUUGCAGGGAGAAUGGUGCUUAGGGUGAGCCUUUAAUAGAAUGUCACUGUCAGUUUGGAUCUGCAGAGCUUGAGCAGCAAUGGCUAGUCUAGAACGGCCGAUGUUUGUGCAAAAAACUUCCCAUGAUGCUCGGACAGUUAUUCCAUCAGUUAUUCUCGGGUUAACCACCAUUCAGCUACAAGUCACAGUUGAUGGUGGCAAUUGAAGAUAUCAACCCUGAUAGACUGGCUAAGAAAAGGUAUUUUGUUUUCUUCCUCUGAAUGUGUCCUGUAAGUUGUGAAGUGGGCCUCCAUGGACCGGGUUGGUUGCUCCAGCACAUCCCACAGAGGCUCAUAGAAUAAUAGUCUGGGGAAUUUGGAAUCCAAGGCAACAACGUUAACUGUUUGUCAUCUUCCCCAAACUGUUCCUGACCCUUUUCUCGCAGUGUGGCAGGAUUCGCUACACUGCUGAAUAAGACCAUUGCCAUGAAGGGGUGUACAUAGUCUGCAUAAAUCUCUGGGUAGGUGAUAUGUGUCAAAGUAACAUCCACAUGAAUGGCAGGACCCAAGUUUUCCCAGCAGAACAUCGCCCAGAGCAUAAUACUGCAUAUGCUGGCUUGUCUUUUUUUACAUCCUGCUGCCAUCUCUUCCCCAAGUAAACACACCUGCACCUACCCAUCCACCCGUUCUAAAAGAAGAUUUGAUUCAUCAGACCAGGCUAGUCCAGUUCUGAUGCUCUCAUCCACAUUGAAGGCGCUUUCAGCAAUGGACAAUUGUCAUCGUUCAGACUCUGACCCGUCUGCAGCUACACAGCCACGUACGCUGCAAACUGUGUGUUCUGACUCCUUUCUACAAUGGCCAAAAUAAGUUGUUUGUCUUUUUGUUUUUCAUCAAUUUCAGCUACAGUAGCUAAUCUGUGUGAUAGGACCAUAUGGCUAGCCUUCACUUCCCACAACCUUUACUCCCUUGGGUGCCCAUGACCCGGACACCGGUUCACUGGUUGUCCUUCCUUGCACCACUUUUAGUAGGUACUAAUUUUCACCUGCCUAUUUUUUCUGUUUCCAACAGAUGAAAUCCAAGAACUGACUGUUCACUUAUUGCCUAAUAUAUCCCACCCGUUGACAGGUGCCAUUAUAACCGUAUUAUCAAUGUUAUUCUCUUCACCUGUCUGGUUUUAUUGUGGCUGAUCAGUGUUCGAUCUAUAUCACAGUGUAAAAUAAGCUUGGGUUAGUAAUUACAGUGUAUCCAGAAAGGGAUUGCCAGAUGGGUAAUUCAUAACUUCAAUGCAAUAAUUCCAGAACGCAUCACAUCGAAUUGUAGAAUAGUUAGAACUUAAUAAUUGGAGGACAAGUUGUGGAGUAAGACCUCUAUAUUCUGCUACAGUCAGAGGGGUUAAUAGGAUAACACAGAUAAGGCAACCAGUGAGAAAGUCCUCUAAAGAUUGCAACUAGGGCGAGACCAGAAUAUAGUAAGAUAAAUGUGUUUUGUAUUUAUUUAUUCGAGAUAUGGAGUUUGGUGGAUGUUGUGUACAUUUUUAGUGGAUGAGGAGUGCAAUGGUUCGAAAUAACUGUAAAGGAUACCAGAAGACUGCUGACAGAGGGAUGAGGUGUUGGGUUCGCCUGCAGCGGAAUUCAAACACUGUGCCAGCUUAUCUGUGCUUCACUAUCUAGAUAAGAGAUGACUGUCCAUCAGGAUUCAACACGCGCAUGAAGACUGUGCAUGGUUUAUCUAGGCUUUUUUUAAUGUGGAAAUAUUUCAGCUAUUCCAUUUAUUUUAAAAAUUCCACUGCAGAAAGCGAUCUUGUCCAACCUUAUGUAGUAUUUUAUUUCCUUUGCUAGAAUGUUGAUGUAUUAUAAACUGGGAUUAUCUGGAGUGUUAAUUAUUGCUCAAUUAUAUUUAUACCUCCAUAUAUUUAGUGCUUAUAUUAUUGAUAAACCUCCAGUUAUUUCAGCUAAUGCCAAGCUGAGUCGGUGCAUUUUUUUUUUUUUUUCUUUCUAAGCUAGUUACAUGCAUCUUAUUUCAUUUACAUCUAUUUACGUUUUCCAACUAUAAAAGGCAACAGUUGGAAUUGCGAUGUUCCUGAUUAAUGUACAAAUCAUAAUAAAUUAAUUGCGGAAGCUGCUGUAUAGAUUUUAUUGUAUAAUAUUUUGAUACUUUGCCGUGUGUGUGGGGCUCACCUCUAGUACUCAAAUAAUUAAACUGUCACUUUACCAUAAAAAUGACCUAAUGCCAAUAGUUUGAGAAUACCUGCAACGAGAAACAGUGUAUCCGUGUGUGGUCGAUGUACGUCUGUGUUGUCCCUUGUACACUAGUUUCUCCUACAAUAUCAUUGUCCUAUCAUUGCUAAUUGAUACAAAGACAAAGUAUGCAGUCAUGAAACAGGAAUUUUCUUUCAGUGGUAUACUUUGCAAGUUACACGCAAUUUGCACAGCGUAUUAAAACCUCUGAUAAAAUUGAUGUACAGCUAUUCUAGCUUAGUGCACCACCCACAAUCUAUUUUAUGUUCUGAAGCAUUAUUAUUAUUACUUUUAUGAAAACUCUUUCUAGAGCAUCAAUAUCCUAGUUAUUAAUUAAAAACACUGCUAUAUCACACAGUAUAUAUUACGUAGUACGGUUAGCCAUUCUCCAGUUAAUGAUCAGAUCACCUGGCCUUGACAUGUCAGACUCUGAAUGCCUUGCAUGCUUCACCCAAUUUGUCUUUAUGUGUGUGUUUUUGUAUUUUUUUUAUUUUUUUUUCUUGUUCAGAGCGAGAAAAAGACAGUGGUUAUAGUGAUCGCCAUCGAUGUUCAUAUGGAGGUAUUCAAAAGCACUAAAAAGGCUUUUGCGGCUUUUCAAAUGCUUCCCUCUGUGUGUAGCCCCGAAGCUCUCAUCAACCUCCCUCGGUCUGUUAUGAUGAGAGCUUAUUGUCCAUCAAUACAGAUUGCCCAAUAUAUGCAUGAACUUUAUGGUUAACACCUGAAAAUGUAACCUCUACUGACCAUUUGCUGAAAUUCAAUAAUACUACCUGGCUACUUUUCCCAAUGCUAUAUUAACUUGUUUUAUAAGGCUUUUGGUUUUAAAGAAGUUAAAUAUAAGAUCUCCAUCUUUUCUUAUCCAGUGGCAAACCCAGGGUGCCCUGACCAUAUUCUCCAUCACAGCUCUGUGAAGUCACACUUUUGGGAAACCCCUAGGUCACCUGUACAUCAAUAUAUAUAACCCACAUGAGCUUACAGGAAGUUGAUUUUCUCGAAUCAGUGUUGUGAGGUAACCAACCGAAAGAUGGCCGCCUAAUUAACUAAUCUGCCCUUUUCUUACAAAAUAGUGGCAGGUUUUGGUAUCUGGUGGUGGUUUAUUUUUGUUUGUGUUUUUAAAAAAAAUUUUUUCAAUAUUUCAAACUGAUUGCACUCCCAGUAAAAAAAUUAUUUAUUUAUUUAUUUAUUUUUUUUUUAUUUUUUUUUUUUUUUAAAUAGCAUGGUACAAGAGAGGUACAAAAUUAUAUGAUUCUCAGACUAUCAUUCAUAAAUAGGGACACUUGGGAGGUAUUAUAAAGCAUACUGAGGGCAGGGCCGGUGCUAGGAUUUUUGACUACACAGGCGAAGAUGCAUUUUGACGCCCCCCUCAAAAAAAAACAAUGCAUCUUCACCUCUGUGUCUCGUAGCCCCCUUUUGAAUUUCUUACCCCCAUUAGUGUUGCAUAUCCACUCUCUUGAAUGUCUUACCCCUUUGGCCCCUUUGUGCCUUACACCCCCCUUUAGUGCGUCUCCUACAACCCCUCUUAUGUAUUUCUUACUUCCCCGCCAGCCCCUUUCUGUCUCUUUCUUCCCUCCAAUCCCUAUCUAUCUCUCUUUUUCUCCCACAUAGACAUAGAUACAGGCAAAAAUACAUACAUGCACAAAUACACAAACAUACAGACACACAAACCAUACAAGCACACAGACAUAAUUUUUCAGGCACACAGUCACAAAGAUAUACAGACACACAGUCAUAAAAGGCACACAAACAAACACAGUCAUACAAUCUACACAUACAAGUACAUUGUCGUACAAACACAGACAUACAUUCAUACAGACACAGGCACUCACAGAAAUACAUACACAGACAUAAAGAAACAGAGAUAGGCAUACAGAGACAUACAUACACAGACAAACAAAGAACCCUGCACACUGACACUGUGUAAAUGCUCCGGCCAUCUACAGAGGUGGAUGCUCCAUGUCAGGCAGACAUUGCUGGAUCCACCAGUAAAGUCUUCAAAAGGAAUAAACGCAGGCAACACUCCAAUAGUAAGGAUGGUAUAUUUAUUGGUAGAUGAACCACCCCAUAGAAAGUGUGAUGUUUCAGCUCAUGCAAUAAGGCUCUGCUGAGCCGAAACGACGCACUUUCUUUGGGGUGGUUCACCUAUCAAUAAAUAUACCAUCCUUACUAUUGGAGUGUUGCCUGCGUUUAUUCCUUUUGAAUACAUUUACACAGUCAUACAGAGACAUACAUGGUGUAUGUCUCUGUAUGACGGUCUGUGUAUGUACACAGGAUGGCUAAAAGAUAGACCCCCAUCUGUCGUGCAACUUCAACAAUGCUUUGAAAGCUGGGGCUCUACCGAUUCCCCAUGCUUGCAGGAUUGUAUUUAGCAUGGAGCAGUAUUUGUGUGUUUGACUGUAAGCAUGUGUUUGUAUGGAGUAUGUUUGUAUGAUUGUAGCGGUGUGUUUGUAUGUAGUGUUUGCAUUUGAAUGCAAGCAUGCAUUUAUGUGUAGUGUUGGUUUUUGAACGUAGGUGUGUGUUUAUAUAUAAUUUUGGUGUCUGAUACAGAGGUGUGUUUGUAUGUAGUGUUGACAUUUGAAUGCAGGGGUGUGUUUGUAUGUAGUGUUGACGUUUGCAUGCAGGUGUUUAUUUGUGUGUAGUGUUGUGUUUGAAUGCUGAGAUAUAUGCACAUAUACACAUACACUGCCACACACGCACACACUGUGAUACACAUAUACAAAGAUACACACACUGACACAUGCAGAUAUACAUAUACACAAACUGAUACACAUUCAGAUAGACACACAGGUACACACAAACACUGACAGACAUACAGAUAAACACACAGUGACAGACACACAUACACAAUGAUAGGGAAGAAGACAUACUAACAGACAGACACACACACUAACAGACAUUUAGAUACACACAGACACACGGACAGAGACAUAUACAUACACACACACACUGACAGACAUGGAUACACACACACACUGACAGACAUAGAUACACACACACACACACACACUGACAGACACACACACACACUGACAGACAUAGAUACACACACACUCACUGACAGACAUAUACACACACACUGACAGACAGACAUAUAUACACACACACACACUGACAUAUACACACACACACACUGACAGACAUACACACACACUGACAGACAUAUAUACACACACACACACUGACAGACAGAUACACACACACUGACAGACAUAUACACACACAGACACACUGACAGACAUACACACACACACUGACAGACAUAGAUACACAGACACACUGACAGACAUACACACACACACACUGACAGACAUAUACACACACACUGACAGACAUAUACACACACAGACACACAUAGAUGCACACAGACACACUGACAGACAUAUACACACACACUGACAGACAUAUACACACACAGACACACUGACAGACAUAUACACACACACUGACAGAGAUACACACACACACUGACAGACAUAGAUACACACACACUGACCAACAGGUUCAGAAGGGGGGCUUACCUGGGAUCCAAAGUGCUGCCUGAGGUAGUUGGGAGUUGGAGGAGCUGGUCCUGCCCAGCCCCCUCCUCUCUGCCUUCUGCUGCCCUAGUCUUGUUGGGAGGACUUCCUCCCAUGCUGAUUAGAAGGGGGCCCGUAGCUCCGCCCCUGCUGGGCGCCAGCCGCGCUGUGUGCUACAGAGGGAGCAGGGAUAUGACGUUCAUAUCCCCGCCCCCUCCACACAGUCCGCGGCACUGCAGGGUGGCGCUCGGCCACGCUACAAGAAGUGACCGGCAGGAGAGGGGAGCGGUGCGCUUCUCUCCUGCCGGCCACCCGGACAUUUGCGCCCCCGGGCCGGUGCGCCCUAAGGCGGCCGCCUGUGCCGCCUUAUGGACGCGCCGGCCCUGACUGAGGGACACAUACCCUUUUCAAGCUGGUUUUAUGAAUGGCAAGUCUCUGGCUAGUGUGUCAGCUGGCAGCUCUCAGCCAAUCAACAUGCCCCUCCCCAAUGUUGCCUGAAGGGUUUCCAGAAAUUGAGCAAACAGAAGGACACAGAGAUUCAGUGCUGGAACAUCGAUUUGGGGGUUAAACCCUAAAAAGGAGUCUCCUAGCACCAUAACUUAAUUUUGCUGAAGUUGCUAUGGUGCCCAGAGUGUUCCUUUAAGGGGAGAGAGGGCACUCUUGUAACUAUACUUUCCCUAGUUUCAGGAUAUUCUAUUACAGCUGUUCUAUCCCAUAGCCAGGGCCGGCGCGUCCAUAAGGCGGCACAGGCGGCCGCCUUAGGGCGCACCGGCCCGGGGGCGCAAAUGUCCGGGUGGCCGGCAGGAGAGAAGCGCACCGCUCCCCUCUCCUGCCGGUCACUUCUUGUAGCGUGGCCGAGCGCCACCCUGCAGUGCCGCGGACUGUGUGGAGGGGGCGGGGAUAUGAACGUCAUAUCCCUGCUCCCUCUGUAGCACACAGCGCGGCUGGCGCCCAGCAGGGGCGGAGCUACGGGCCCCCUUCUAAUCAGCAUGGGAGGAAGUCCUCCCAACAAGACUAGGGCAGCAGAAGGCAGAGAGGAGGGGGCUGGGCAGGACCAGCUCCUCCAACUCCCAACUACCUCAGGCAGCACUUUGGAUCCCAGGUAAGCCCCCCUUCUGAACCUGUUGGUCAGUGUGUCUGUGUGUAUAUAUGUCUGUCAGUGUGUGUGUAUAUGUCUGUCAGUGUGUGUGUAUAUGUCUGUCAGUGUGUCUGUGUGUGUAUAUGUCUGUCAGUGUGUGUGUAUAUGUCUGUCAGUGUGUCUGUGUGCAUCUAUGUGUGUCUGUGUGUGUAUAUGUCUGUCAGUGUGUGUGUAUAUGUCUGUCAGUGUGUGUGUGUGUAUGUCUGUCAGUGUGUCUGUGUAUCUAUGUCUGUCAGUGUGUGUGUGUAUGUCUGUCAGUGUGUCUGUGUGUGUAUAUGUCUGUCAGUGUGUGUGUAUCUGUCUGUCAGUGUGUGUGUGUGUAUAUAUGUCUGUCAGUGUGUGUGUAUGUCUGUCAGUGUGUGUGUGUGUAUAUGUCAGUGUGUGUGUGUGUAUAUAUGUCUGUCUGUCAGUGUGUGUGUAUAUGUCUGUCAGUGAGUGUGUGUGUAUCUAUGUCUGUCAGUGUGUGUGUGUGUCUGUCAGUGUGUGUGUGUGUAUCUAUGUCUGUCAGUGUGUGUGUGUAUCCAUGUCUGUCAGUGUGUGUGUGUAUGUAUAUGUCUCUGUCCGUGUGUCUGUGUGUAUCUAAAUGUCUGUUAGUGUGUGUGUCUGUCUGUUAGUAUGUCUUCUUCCCUAUCAUUGUGUAUGUGUGUCUGUCACUGUGUGUUUAUCUGUAUGUCUGUCAGUGUUUGUGUGUACCUGUGUGUCUAUCUGAAUGUGUAUCAGUUUGUGUAUAUGUAUAUCUGCAUGUGUCAGUGUGUGUAUCUUUGUAUAUGUGUAUCACAGUGUGUGCGUGUGUGGCAGUGUAUGUGUAUAUGUGCAUAUAUCUCAGCAUUCAAACACAACACUACACACAAAUAAACACCUGCAUGCAAACGUCAACACUACAUACAAACACACCCCUGCAUUCAAAUGUCAACACUACAUACAAACACACCUCUGUAUCAGACACCAAAAUUAUAUAUAAACACACACCUGCGUUCAAAAACCAACACUACACAUAAAUACAUGCUUGCAUUCAAAUGCAAACACUACAUACAAACACACCGCUACAAUCAUACAAACAUACUCCAUACAAACACAUGCUUACAGUCAAACACACAAAUACUGCUCCAUGCUAAAUACAAUCCUGCAAGCAUGGGGAAUCGGUAGAGCCCCAGCUUUCAAAGCAUUGUUGAAGUUGCACGACAGAUGGGGGUCUAUCUUUUAGCCAUCCUGUGUACAUACACAGACCGUCAUACAGAGACAUACACCAUGUAUGUCUCUGUAUGACUGUGUAAAUGUAUUCAAAAGGAAUAAACGCAGGCAACACUCCAAUAGUAAGGAUGGUAUAUUUAUUGAUAGGUGAACCACCCCAAAGAAAGUGCGUUGUUUCGGCUCAGCAGAGCCUUAUUGCAUGAGCUGAAACAUCACACUUUCUAUGGGGUGGUUCAUCUACCAAUAAAUAUACCAUCCUUACUAUUGGAGUGUUGCCUGCGUUUAUUCCUUUUGAAGACUUUACUGGUGGAUCCAGCAAUGUCUGCCUGACAUGGAGCAUCCACCUCUGUAGAUGGCCGGAGCAUUUACACAGUGUCAGUGUGCAGGGUUCUUUGUUUGUCUGUGUAUGUAUGUCUCUGUAUGCCUAUCUCUGUUUCUUUAUGUCUGUGUAUGUAUUUCUGUGAGUGCCUGUGUCUGUAUGAAUGUAUGUCUGUGUUUGUACGACAAUGUACUUGUAUGUGUAGAUUGUAUGACUGUGUUUGUUUGUGUGCCUUUUAUGACUGUGUGUCUGUAUAUCUUUGUGACUGUGUGCCUGAAAAAUUAUGUCUGUGUGCUUGUAUGGUUGUGUGUCUGUAUGUUUGUGUAUUUGUGCAUGUAUGUAUUUUUGCCUGUAUCUAUGUCUAUGUGGGAGAAAAAGAGAGAUAGAUAGGGAUUGGAGGGAAGAAAGAGACAGAAAGGGGCUGGCGGGGAAGUAAGAAAUACAUAAGAGGGGUUGUAGGAGACACACUAAAGGGGGGUGUAAGGCACAAAGGGGCCAAAGGGGUAAGACAUUCAAGAGAGUGGAUAUGCAACACUAAUGGGGGUAAGAAAUUCAAAAGGGGGCUACGAGACACAGAGGUGAAGAUGCAUUGUUUAUUUAUUUUUGGGGGGGGGGGGGCGUCAAAAUGCAUCUUCGCCUGUGUAGUCAAAAAUCCUAGCACCGGCCCUGCCCAUAGCUCUCUGGGAGGAACUAUUGGUCAAUAAUUUAGCAAAUGGGAACGAAAUGAGAAGUAUUGCUGCGUAAACAUUUUAGGAUCAGGAUGUAUAAAGGUUAUUAAUCCAGCUGUGCACGGCACUAAAUCCAGGCAAUGUGCCUAUUCUUUUAUGUAAAAAGCCAGCAGGACUGUAUUAUCUCUGGCUUUGUUUAAAGUGAUCAGGCUCUGACCGUUUACACAGUUGGAUUGUAGAGAACCACUUCUGGAACACUAACAUAACUCGUGUUCUCACCCCAAUGAGGGCGCGAGCGGCCAAACAAAAGAUUUUAUCUACAGCGCUCGCUCUGGCCAGAGAGCUCCAGCUAUUAUUAAUGGCUGAUAUUGCCUGUCGUUCAGUUCUGAAUAGUUAAAUUGAUUGUAUAAAUGACUAACACGCUAAAAAAUAAAACUAUUUUACUCUGCACACACGCACAAAAAAGGAAAAGGCUGCUAUUGUAUAAACAUUCUCAAAAUAUCUACCUGGUUAAAAAAAAAAAGUGUCAGAGUAAUUUUUAUAUUUAUUAUAUUUUAAGAAGUCCUAAUAAUCUUAGUUUGUAUUUAUAACUGAUAUUAUAUUCGGAUUUAAAAAGUAGUGGGUGAAAUUUUAUUUUUUUUAUUUUUUUUUUCUCAGUUAUUUUUGCCAAAAAUUAUUUUGUCAUGUCUUCAUCUAAACAUAUAUAAUUGCAUGUCAUUCUUGGUUGUAUAUAAUAAAAUUGUGACAUCCUAUAUAAAUGUUAAAGACUUUAGAUGGUCAUUUCCUGAAGUGAGUACACCGGUUAAAAAUAAAAUAUUCCGUUAUAAAAAUGUCAGAGGUUCCUGUUUAAAAUCUUUUGCGGAGUUCUAUCGGCAAUUUGUGAACCUUUCCUCUAGAUGUUUAGCUAGCAGUGACUCAUUUGACUUAUAUACUCCAUAAUUCCCUUCAGUGAGCUUAGAUUACAUUUUAAUACUGCGCCGGUAUGAGCUAAAUCCCACCAGCUAGAGAGCCAUAUGUUCUCGGUCUGUUUAAUCUAUCCUUUAUGACAAAUGAGCAGUCUGAAGCAGCAUAAUACUGCAGUGGUUCUGGUACAGCGACGUUACCGUACCCCAUUUUUAAAAAGAAUAUUUGGGAAUGGCAUGAAAAACCCAAAGCCAACUUCACCACGCUGAAUAUAAACCUCUAAAUUAUCCCUAACUUGGAUAAUUAUGACAGGCUGAGAUCCCCAGAUUUUGUCAAACUGCUCCUAAUUGGUUUGACAAAAUCGCACCAUUAUUUGGCGCCACACACCGGUUAAUCCAUUUGUUGUCAAAUGGCAGCCAUGUUGUGUCUCGGGUUGGCAAUGGCCUGCAAUAUAAUGGCACCAAAACAACAUUAUUUUAUCAAAAUUAUGUCAACUUCAGGUAUGUAUACAUAUCAUCAUCUAUGGUUACCAGAAAAUUUAUAGAUUAAAAGAUAUGUUUCCUUUCCUGCUCCUCCGAUAUGGCCAUUACUACGAAUGCUAGUUCAAGCCUAUGGUGAUCCUUCUUAUAAUUCACCGUCAUAUGGGGACUGACUGAUACCUAGCAUGUUAAGUCGUUAUAUUUACUAGACAAUGUCCUGCGCUCAAACUCCCAUCACUCCUGGGCGCCAGCAACGACCAUAGUGCACAUCAGCACUAGAAAAGUUACCUGUGCUCUUCCCAAAUCCCUAUGUGUAUUUAAACACAUGGAGGUUUUACAGUUACUCCAAUGGCCAUGAGAGACUUUAGCCCACCUGCCACGUCAAGGCAAGACUCUCAGGUGUGUCCUAGACUAACCUUUCACCUUGCUUCCUUGAGCUUCUGGCAAAGAUAUCUCUGAGACAGAGAGGGGUAUUUUUUAUAUACACCCCUAUAUACUUAUUGACCCCUAAUAAGGAACACAUGGGAUGGGCGGCAGCAUUGUAACAUAGCUGUGUGAUACAAAAGUGAAUGCAAAGACAAAAAACAGGUCAUGCACUCAAACUCCCAUCACUCCUAGGCGGCAGCAACGACCAUAGUACACAUCAGCCCCAAUACAUACAGUAAAAACCAAAGACAGCUCUUUGACUGUACAUUUGCUAAUUGUUUCAGAAUGUUGAGAUAUAAUUAGCAGGAUAUUAAAACAAGGCACAAUGUCAUUUGAAGAGUAUCCGAGGGAACGAGAGGGGACUCCCUGCCUUGACUCAGGAUAGUCGUAUAUACGCCAGAUGUGAGCAUCAGCUGUAGCAAAAAAUUAAAAACAGAGUGGGGAAAAAAGUAGAAAGUUCUGCAAUGAAACCACACGGAAUGGACAGAUUGUCACAUUCUUAUUCUUCGAAUGCUGACCGAGGAAGUGUUCUGGAUAAGAGAAGGGAAGUGUUAGAGGCAGGGCGGACAUUCGUUCAUGUGAUCUCAGAGCCCUGACCUUUCCGUAUCAGUAACCUUGGGAUUCGAGUGAUUGAUUGGAUUUUGAUUUCUUUAAUUCUAAAUAGCUCGAACUUGUUCGUUUUAUUUUUAUUUUUUUAACCAGCCAAUGCUGUGCUUUAAUAAAACCUGCUUCAAGUUAACAUUCUAUUAAAUACCACUAAUGGUUUAAAUUAGAAGUCAGUUUUAAUAAUUUAUUUUAUGAACAUUAAAACCAGAUUGUUUGUUUGAUUAUGGAGGUCUGUUCUGUGGGUAGAGCUGUUUUUAUUUGUAUUCAUACAGUAUAUCCAAAGUUAGAAUGGGAAAAAAAAUGUGUGUGUAUAUGUAAUUUUAGUGAAAUCGUUAAACUAGGAUUAAGAUUUUGUUGUUUUGUCUCCUUAAAAUGCAUUUGAUUUCUGUGACUUAAUUUCAUCCAUAUAACCAGUUUAACAAUCUCUUAACCGGAAAUUCAGCCAAAAAGCAUAUGCCGUACACAUUGAAAUGUUUCAUUUUUAAUGUUUGAAGUUGCAUCAAAAUCAGAUUGCAGGGCGCAAUCAUGUUUUCUGUUAACCUUUUCUGCUAAUAUCAGAUCCAGAACCUUCUAGGACCCCUUUAGGGUCUCCAGCCGCUGGCAACACCCCCUCACCCCUUGUAACGCCCGAAUAUUGCAGGAAAGUUUAGGUCAGCGGUGUCAGGAGCUGAAGACCCAACUUUGGGGUUAAACAAUUGCAAUAUUAAAUGAGCUUAAAGGGAUAACCCAGACCCCUACAGCACAUAAGCUUUAAUGUUUUAAUUUAUUUUCAUUUUACAAAAACCUCAGUAAAUAGAAUCUGGCACGUUUAUAAAUUAACCUUGUUACACCCCUCCCCAGGCUGUCAAUCAGACAGCUGGUCCUGUUACUUCCUGGUUUGAUUAGCUCAGUGGAGCUAAACUCAAGAGGCAACAAUUGCCCAGAGCACCUGCCUUGCAAAGACUUCUCAUUAAGCUGCAAUGCGAAGUCUAUGAUCUGCAUCUUCUACAAGUAUUUUUAUUUAUUUUUUAUUUACCCCCAAUGAAAAUAUUGCAUAAUUAAAGGCAUGCUUGUUUUCAUUUAGACUGUAUCUUCUAAACCGGGAUUUUUAUUUAUUCAGUGGAGUGUCCCUUUAAGUUGCUGUGGGGGUGGUAGUGUUUCUUUUAAUAAAAAUAUUUUACCAUAUUUAAAUGUCUAACCUGACUUAUUUGGUGCAUUUUGCCAACACUUCUUUUAUAACCCAAGAUGACUUGGUUAGCAUAGCUACGAUCUGAAGCAGUUUGCCAAAUCCUUUUUCAUGAUGAGGGAAAAUACUUUUAUGGAUUCUAACAUCUGCUUUAAACAAGAAAUGGACAAGAUCUCUCAGCCAAUCUAUGGCCUUCCAUUGCAUGUCCUGUAUUAACUGUAAUGUGUCUGGACUAAAAAGAGUGUCGGAAAGAAAGGCAUAUGAGUAAAGUUAGAAAACUCCCGCUCCCCGGUUCACACACUUAUUUUCUUACCAAUAAUUUUGAAGGUUAUUCCAAUAUUUCUGUAAAUAUUGUUUACUCAUUAUAAAUGGUAAUAAUUUGGAAAUGUCCUGAUUCAUUUUUUAUCUUCUUUUUAUUUCCUAGGCUAUGAUUUCGCUGCUGUUCUUGAAUGGUUCGCUGAGAGAGUUGAUCGAAUUAUUCUCCUCUUUGAUGCCCAUAAACUGGAUAUCUCAGACGAGUUCUCAGAAGUCAUCAAAGCCCUUAAGAACCAUGAAGACAAAAUGCGCGUCGUCCUUAAUAAAGCCGACCAGAUUGAGACCCAGCAACUGAUGAGAGUUUACGGUGCACUUAUGUGGUCUUUGGGAAAGAUUGUGAACACUCCAGAGGUGAUCAGAGUCUACAUUGGGUCGUUUUGGUCUCACCCGCUUCUCAUUCCUGACAAUCGCAAACUCUUUGAGGCUGAAGAGCAAGAUCUGUUUAGAGAUAUUCAAAGUCUUCCACGAAAUGCUGCCCUAAGGAAACUUAACGACCUGAUAAAGAGAGCACGCCUCGCUAAGGUAAGGCGAAUCACCGGUCUGAGGGCCGCACAUUAAUAUUUUUACCAAUUGGAAGUUUAACUAUGUACUAGUUCUCAAAAUCAUAACAAGAAUUGCUUACAAAGACUCAAAUGGUCUCUUCAAGGUGCAUUUUAUAACACAUUUUAAGCACCUAUAUGGCAGAUGUUUUUUCAAGGCAUCCUUAAAGGGAUUUGCCAAACCAAAACCUUUGUCAUAAUUAGUUUUAACCCCUUCAGCCCCAUGGGAGGGGGGCCCCGAGGGACAGGGUAGGACCUAUUAACUCUAUAGUGCCAGGAAAACUGCUUUUUUUUUUUUUUUUUUCUGGCACUACAGGAUCCCUUUAAGCAUGUUGUGUCUUCAGUUGGCUUUCCAAAGCUAAUUAAUUUGGUGUCUGGAAAUAGUCAAAGGAAUAUGGAAUUACUUGUGUUGUAACGCAACAUAUAUUUCUAUUUUUACACGUCUGUUCCAAAAAUAUACCUCGUAUAUUUGGAUGCUACAAACUAAAAUAUAAAUAAGAUCAAGUUGCCGUUUUCAGCAGCGAGAAAGCAGAUGUGACCGGCACUAGUGACAUUAUUAGUCAAUUCCAAAAGUAUAAUGUAAACAAACCUAAAACAUACUUCUUUCAACACUUAAACACUUUAAAACGUAUAUGUACAAACAGACAAAAAAUGUUUUCCCAAAAUAGCAUCCUUUCUAAACGAAUGAUGGGUGAAUUGGUGUCAAUCAGAAGUGCAUGAUCAGGAAAUCAGCGAGAUUCUGUUGAUUAGGGAGUAAGGUCAAAAAUUCACGGGGGGGGGGUAUGAGGGCUGUUUAAUUUUUUUUUCUUGUAUAAAUAGUAACGUCAAAUAGCUGCUAUUUUUAAAAUAUUUUGACUUGUUGGAGCUUAUGCACAUUACCCAUUAUUUGUGUUUGGUAUUUCCUGAAUACAUUACUAAAUUCAGCCUUUCGUGAUGAUCUCACCCCUUCAGUUAGUUGCUGGAAGAUGUUUAAUAAUAAAUUAGACAGUGUCAUAUCAUUAUUGUGGUGCAUAUGUGUAUUAAAUAUUCAUAUGCCCUUAUAUUGACUCCAUUACCUUGAUUCAACUGUAAUUGAAUUAAAUGCAUAACACACCAGUUUGUAGUAGGUUUAAGAUUAUUACAAAAAAAAUAAUAAUUAAUUAGAAAAGAUUUAUAGACCUCAGUUGUAUUGUUAUGCAUCAUCAACACCUAUGUUAACAAGGAUACAAGUAAAACUUUAAACAUUGUCGAAAGAACAUGACGGUUAAAACAUACGUUCUGAUUACAGACCGCAAUAUGUAAAUGGUCCACACUGCAAAGCAGUUUUAGUUGCAAAUAAAAAAAAUUAUAUGAGCACCCUUGACAAUGGGGAGCUAGUUUAAGUGCAAGGAUGUUUGGCCAAAUCAUUUGUCUAUAGUGCAAAUCCUCAAAGUACAUCGUUUGAGCCAGGCUGUGCUUGUAUGAGUCCACUCGAUCCAGAUAUUGCUUUCACAAAGAAUCUUGGACCCAUAUUUGUACUAAUUUAAUAAUCAGCUGUUGAUGGAGACAGAACAGCUCUGAGCUGUCAGGAAGGAAUAGCUAGCCGAUAAUAAAUAAUUAGGGUUAUUUGCUUUCCAUAGUGGCCCUAUAUGAGUGAUUAUGUUGUGCAUAUUUCAUAAAUCAAAGGGAAUCCAAAAAAAUCUCUCUAAAUGUCAAUUUUAGAUAAAAGGUUAGAUUAUCAGUUGAUAAACAAGUAGAAUCUAGCAUUGCCUGUAUGAUCUACAAAAUAUUUUGUACAAAAAUAACUUUUCCUGAAAAUCCUUGUAUUUUUCUAAGCAAAUUUUUAUGCUGUGAUAUCAGUUAUGUGCCUCAAAAAUGAGUUUCUAGCCUCUCAAGGCAAGUCUCUUGACAUGAAUUUUAAGCAUUAAUUAGCAGGUUAUUAAUCUGCAAUAUUUAUUCUGUCUUAAUCGAAGGUCCAUGCGUACAUCAUCAGUUCUCUGAAGAAGGAAAUGCCAUCAGUGUUUGGCAAAGACAAUAAGAAGAAGGAGCUGAUUGCUAGUUUGGGAGAGAUUUAUUCCCGAAUUGAGCGAGAGCACCAGAUUUCUCCAGGCGACUUUCCAAACUUAAAGAAGAUGCAGGUACGGCUUAACGAUUCCUAUCCUUGUUAAUGUUUCAUUGCUGUUCUUCCUCACUAUCCACAAAUAAUAUUUGUUUUCUAAGCUGUAAUUCCAUCUGAGUGUAUGGAAUUGAUGUAGGAACUUGUGCUUUAGUGCAAUAAAAAGAACAGGCUAGACCCAGCUAUAGAUUAAACCAUCCAAAAAUAGAAUGCCUAUUUACCGUGGGAUGGAGACAGGGAUACUCCUAAUGCCAUAACCUUUAAGAUAUCGUUAGUGGUUAUAAUGCCCAGAUUGUCCUUUAAAGAUUAGAAAGGUUCCAUACCGUAUUCACUCAGUUCCUUUAGUGUGCACAUACUCAGAGUACACUCACACCUCCAGGUAGUCCGCAUUGGCUCUAUUCAAGCCUGGCCCAGGUAUGGCUUAAUGUACAAAAUAGUUGGCUACAUGACAGACCUGAUACUCCAUUUCAUAUUGAGGAAUACAGGCAGAGGAGACCAUAGUGUGUUCUUGAAACUGUGCAUGCAGUGUUAUCACUAUUUUAUAUUGCAAGUCUAAAGCUUGAGAAAGGGAGGUUCUACCGAAAGCUUGUCUUUCAAAUAUUCUGUUGGUCCAAUAAAAAAGGUAUUACAUGAUACUUAUUUAAUCUGUUAUUUUACUUCUGCAUCACUGGACCAAUACAGUUACAAUCUCUACAUGAAAGUAUGUAUGUAUGUAUAUGUGUGUGUGUGUGUGUGUGUGUGUGUAUUAUGUAUGUAUGUGUGUGUGUGUGUGUGUGUGUGUGUGUAUAUAUAUAUAUAUAUAUAUAUAUAUAUAUAUAUAUAUAUAUAUAUAUAUAUAUAUAUAUAUAUAUAUAUAUAUUUAUAUUUAUAUUUUUUUUGACAUUUUACAUUAGAGAUACAAUGAAUCUGGUUCAGAAUAUGUUUGACACAAUGGUACUAUCAGGGUUAUUAACUAGAGUGAGAAUUCAAAGUGUAUUGCAAAUUAUACACCAAAGUAAUUGAGCUGAGAGCAUAAACCAUCUUAGAGAAUCUGUAUAUUGUAGCAACAUUUCUUUUCCUUUAACUUUGAAAUUCACUUUGAAUUCUCCCUUUAGUGAAUAACUCUCUGAAUUAAAAUAAAUUAAUUUAUAUAUUAAUUUAAUGAGCGAAGCUCCGCUCCAAGCACCAUAGCAACCUAUGCUCCUUGCAUACAUGGUAUUGAAAGGAGUUCCCCUGUCAGUGUUACCCCGUGUGUGUGUGUGUGUGUGUGUGUGUGUGUGUGUGUGUAUGUAUAUAUAUACUUGCCUUAUAACAGCAAUUUGGAAAAAUAAAUUCUACCUCUAUAUGAGAGAGAUCAUUGUCUGGCACGUGUACACUGUGUGUGUAUACUGGCAUUCCAUGGUCUGUUCACAUUAAGUGUGUUGGAAUCUAAAUAAACUACUUUAGUGACCGUCGCCAAAUACAUUUUAUGUUUAGAGAUUUUAUUUACGAAAGAUGGAGAUUGCUGCUAGGCAACAAUAUAAUUAAUUUGAUUAAUACAUAUACAACAGUCAGAGAAUAAAAUAUUCUGGCUAUAAAAUUCUUGGAUAGUUCCCUAAAAUAAACAAAGCAAAACUGGAAGACUUGUUUUCUCGUUUACAAAUGAAAGGCACUUUGCCAUAGACUGUGUUAAAAAUAGAUGCCGGGUUCUCUCUGCGCUGUUCUUAUAAACCUCAUGGUUUGUACUGUCACAUUACAUUUGUCAUUUCAAUAAUCGCUUCACACGCCUGUGGGAUUGUAGAAUGUCUUUAUUAAAAUCGAAUAUUUCAUAUAUUUAUACAUAUGUUCCUCUCCAAAAGUCUGUAUUUGCUCUGGUAUUCAAAAAAAAAUAAAAAAUUAUUUAGAGACAAAUUCUCUUCAUAUCCCAUCAAGUCUUUGUCCAAGUUUCCUCGAUCAUUUUUUCAGUUGUAUCAACCAUCGCAAGAAAAAAUAGGGUGGCAUAUUAGAGGCGAUAUGUAUGCCUGUUAGUGAAAUUAGGAAGUCUUAACCUGCAAGUUGUCAUAUACGCCUCUUAUGCUUCUCACAGUGGGAAAAUCCCUAUCCGCAGCAAAACAAUAUUUGGAUUCUUAUUAAAAUUGUAUUGCUCAUAAAAUGCUCUACGUCUUACAGGUGGCAUUAUGCUCAAGAUAAAGAUAUUGGGUAGUUUUAAAAUAGUCUUUUGAAAACAGGAUAGUUCAGUUCCAUCCCUGGCAAAUGGCCAAGUGCUUCGAGGUAAAAGUUAAAAUUGUUUAUAGUCGUGAAGCACGGUGUUACAGUAUAUCACAAUCACAUGGUCUGAUAUUUUCAUCCUCCUGAUACUUAAUGUUUAGAAAUGAAAUCACUCCAAGUAGAAUGGUGAACUUUAGAGGUGUCUUUGCCUUGACCCUUUGUGAUGUAAGAAGAUCAGAUUUGUUUGCUCCAAAAAUUGGUUGGCUACUGUUUGUUGGGAAGGAUCUUACAGCCACAUUCAAUAGAUUAACAGAAUCGGACAAAAGAUUAUGAAUACUCAUUUAGGCUCUGUUAGCUGCAGCAGUGUCUGGUAAUCUGUCCAACCAGGAGACUCCUGGAUACAAUUCUAAUGUAUCCAGGUAUGAGUGUCACCUAUGGAACCUAUUUUGUAGCAACAUAACUUAAUGUGUUCCAACUGUCUCUUCCCAUGUUUCAGUCUUGCUCAGCGGCAAGCGUACGGAGCUUCCAGCUACAGAUCAAAUAAUGAUGCAGUUACUGUGGCAUAGCCAGUGGGUUUUGGAAAGUAUGGCCUCAAUCUCAUUUUAUUGUAUAAUCGUUAUCAAUAUGUUAAGUUGCCAGUGAGCUGUUAACAAUGGCAUAAUGAUCGAAAUCCCGGUCCGAUCUUUUUCAACAGCUUUUACCAUUAUCUGGUCAGCAAAAGAGGAAGCCCUAUUGCUUAAGUUAAACAUUCAAACAAUCAUUCCCCAGAGGAUUUAUCAACACAUUGUAACAUUAUUUUUCUCUUGUUGCAUUCAACAACCAAACGUACUUUAUAAAUUACAAGCCAUACUUUUCAACAAAUUACAGAAUACCCCAAUUGUCUAAACUAACAAUGUGAAAUACACACUACAUACAGCUCUGUACAUCUAUGAAUUUGAUGUCCAAAACAUACACAAAUAAAAAUGUUUCUCUUUUGAUUAAAAAGUUGUUUAAAUUUAGAAACCUUUGUGAAAUGCAGUAUUGUGAUCAAGGAUUUAAUCUGUUAACAAGCAAAAGAUUACUAAUUGUUUAUACAGCUUCAGCUUCUAAAUGAUGUUUAUUACUAGGCUGCUUUUUAAAUGCUAUAGUAUAUAAUCUAUUUUGUCACAAACUACUGUGAUUUACAUUGAUUUCUAAAUGCAUGCACCAUCAAUGGUUCUGGAUUUAAGAAAUCCCAGCCUUCUUCCAGAGGGUGUACAGAUAAAACAUUUGGAGGGAUCACUUCGGGACCCAUGAGGACUCUGUUGGCUAGUAAAUUAACACUAUUUUUCUUGGUCUUUCUUUCAGGAUCUUUUGCAAUCACAAGACUUCAACAAGUUCCAGCCACUGAAGAGUAAACUCCUGGAGACUGUGGAUGAAAUGCUAUCUCAUGACAUUGCUCAUCUGAUGGUCCUGGUUAGGCAAGAAGAGACUCAAAAACCAGUUCAAAUGGUCAAAGGUGGUGCAUUUGAGGGUACCCAGAAUGGGCCGUUUGGGCAUGGAUAUGGAGAAGGAGCUGGAGAAGGCAUUGAUGAUGCUGACUGGGUAGUGUCAAGAGAUAAGCCCAUGUAUGAUGAAAUCUUUUACACAUUAUCUCCUGUCAAUGGAAAAGUCACUGGUGCCAAUGCCAAGAGAGAAAUGGUGAAGUCCAAGCUGCCCAACACCGUGCUGGGCAAGAUUUGGAAGCUUGCAGACAUCGACAAAGAUGGACUGCUGGACGAUGAGGAGUUUGCUUUAGCCAAUCAUCUUAUCAAGGUCAAACUAGAAGGUCAUGAGCUACCAAACGACCUACCAUAUCAUCUCCUUCCACCAUCUAAAAGAAAAGUUCCAGAGUAAAUGGGGAAAGAAAAACAAAUAAUGAAAUCACAAAAUUGAAAGAGGGAUACAUGUGUUUACCUAAGUUAUACAUUUAAUGUGAGCAAGGCCUGCUGUGGCAUUUUCAGUUAGACCCACUCACAUAUUAAAAUCCUAAAACCAAAUCUAUUCUUGCAUUAACCGCUUAACAAGAAGUUAAUUUAAGUGUUUUCAGCUUCUUACAUGUACUAAAAAGGGAACAACUUAUUCGAGAAAGUUAAGAUAAAAAGACAAGACUCUCCAUUUUCUUUCUUCGUGAUGUAUCAUGCAUCUUUUUUUUUCUUUUUAAAGUAAAAAAAAAAACCCUUUUUUUGUGAUGCUUUCUGAAUACCUCAUUGUAUUGUUAUGCAAACACAUGCGGAGUCUAUUGCCGACUGUUAAAUUUCAGAGAUUUAUUGUAUGUGUUCUACUGAAUUACUAUAAGGAAAAUGCUCGUGUGUGUGUGUAAUUUAACUGAAAUUCUCAUGUGCAUCUUGUGAUCUGUAAUCAAGAUAUCAGUAUUUUUUUUUCCCUGUUAUAUUGUUCAUUAUAUCUUUAUAAUACAUGGAAUCAGAUUAACAGUAGGCUGGUAAACCAGUAUUUUAUACAGUUUGCUUUUCUAACAAUUUCAAUGAAACCCACAAAUACUCCAUGCACAUUUCCUAUGAAAUACCUACAUAAUUUUAAACUUGUGUCCCAGUAUAUUUUUUUAUUUGCCUCUUUUUGAACAGCAGACCUAAAAAAAAAAGUGACAAAUUUUGUGGAGUGCAGCAGUGGUUGAAGAUCGAUUUUCAACCUAGGGAAGAAGAAAGUGAUCAUGGUGUUUGCAGAAUUAAUGUAUUCCUUCUUGUAGUAAUUGGAUCCUUUAUCUUGGUCUUGAUAUCUUGUACUUGUCAGUACAUUGGAGGACGUGUUUAUGUUCUAGUGGGUAAGUGUUGGUGUAGUCUAAGAGGUGCUGCUAAAACCAGACUUGUGAUGGGGCAAAGCAGUUACCAAUGAAAGCAAGUUGGACCGCAGUCGGAGAGGUCCACAGAUAGUGUAUGCAAGUGGUAUUUUAAUUUGAUAGUUAUGCGUAUAUAUAACUUAUUUUAUAAAUAAAUUGCUAAAAUAUC